AUGGUCUGCCUGUCCGGGUUCAGCUGGGUCUUCUUGAGCGCUCUCCUGCACCAAGCGGCACCCUGGGGCGCAAGGCGAGCGGAGAGACCCAGGCAGUGCGACACACCGAAGUCGGUGAGUGGAGUUUUGGCACUUAAUCAAUUCCAUGACACAGAGUAUUUUACUACAUUGAGGUUUAGCGGUACGUAAAAUUUGACCAUUUCUGCGGUUUGGAGUUCCGGCGACAAAAUGGGGUGACACUUGUUCUCUAAAUUAUCAUUAAGUACUCUUUUCAUGAUAAUGAGGGGAUACUAUUUUUAAAGUUUACAAUAUCUUAGAAUUUUCAUAUGAAGCUGUUAAAGCACCCCAGUUUAUCAUCGCUGAGCUGUUUAAGGUCAAGGGUUAGGAUUUUUACUUAAAUUAAAAAAUAUCGUCAAGUUUUAAAAGAGGAAAUUAGCAUUAAGAAAAUAUGAAUGUACGUUUUUUUACGUCAACAACAACAAUAAUAAUAAUAAUUCUAAUAAUAAUAACAAUAAUAAUAAUAAUAACAAAGAUAAUAAUGAUAAUAAAAGUCAUAUGAAAUUGUGGUAGGCCUACUCUUGAAACGGCCCAUAAACUCCCUUCCCAGAAGAGAUCUGAGGCUUAAAUGAAAACAGUUGCAGAGAGAAAUCGUUACCACGCGCCAACUUUAUGGCUGUUUAUGUGACAAACGCACGUGAGGAACACCCACGGGUGACACGACUCGGUUUGGCGAGGUUACAUCCACCUUUUACGCACGAUCCUGCUUUUACGCAACAUACAUAAACACAUUGGUGGGGAGUUGCAGGCAGAUAAUGUAAGUGCAUUUGUGUGCUUGUCCCUUGAACGCACCCUCCACAUGACAGGAGCCAAUCACAUUAUGACUGUUUAAUUCUAACCCCAACACCAACAUAAACGGCCUCCGCAGCAACAGGCACCUUUUUAAACUCAGCACGCAUCAUAUGGAGCUGUUUGGAGAUCACAGGUUUUGUGUCUGUGUGUCCUGAUGUGUGCGGGUAAUGGAUCUGCUGCCAGGUAUCACCAAGGAAUCCAGCUCCCUCUCUUCGUGUGAUUUGUAAUGCGUCAGUACAGUGCUCUCUGUUUUCUGUUAGGAGUAAUUACCCCCAUAAAAAAAGGCAGCCCUGCGCGUCGAAAGUCUCCAGAGAACAGUCCACGAAGAUUUAAGCAGAGGGGAUCUCCUCUUUUCGUAUGACACGACCACACUUUCCGUGUCAAAAAGCUUUCAUUUAUGUGCAGGGUUUGGCGCACGGUUGCAAGUUAACAGACGAUAAAAAGUGGCGCUAUCUAAGGUCCUUGUGGCAGAAAUAUAACAAAGAAUUCCUCUCAUGCCCUCCAAACUAUUCCAGUUUGACUCAAAUCAAAUAAGUACAAGAGCUGUUCAACAGUUCCAUUUUAUCAGCAGGGAAAGAAACCGCUUUAAAAUUAAAUAAAGCGCUCUGGAUUGACUUUGUGCAGAAUCAAAUUGCUGCAGAUAUUGCUGCCCAAUCAUUGUAUUUAAUUGUAAUGUUAAGAGAGCAUCCCACAAGAGGACUUCACUCACUCCUGGCAGCAAAUUCAACAGUUUAAAAGGCAGCUUUGGCAGUGCAUCAUCGCUGGAACACAGCUGAAGGAAACCUUGAUUAAAUUUGAGAAAUAAACAUUUUCUAAGAAUAACUUUAUUUUACAGUAAUGGGUUUCAUCCCUCAAAUGCCUGAUUACAGUGUGUCUCAGAAGCCAGAAGUUUGAUACUGUUUAUAGAAGUUAAUCCUUUUUCAUAUUUGAAUAAUGCCAACAUCAAAGUCUUUGCACAUGCACAGCACAUUUACAGAGCACUUAACAAGAAACAUACUUUAGAGCAAUAUGGCCUUACGCUCAUUUGAUUUCAUUUCCAUUGGGACAUUGUUUUAUGUGAGGAUAACCACACCAGACAAACACUUCCUGUUAUAUAAAUCAUUGAGGUCAAAAACUGUGCCACACUUGUGGCUGUCAGCAGCACAUCUCCUUACUAUGGUGUAAAAAAAUCUCACAAACAAAAGUAUCAGAGUGGGGUCAGGACUGAGAGCAGGUUUCUUUCAGCUUUUGGCUUUUAUGAGCUCCACAGCAGUAUAUUUGCGCUGCACUCUCGAAAAUACUUCCCAGGCCGAAAGAGGCUUUGGCAACCAAGGUAUGCACCUCAACAAUACACUGGGGUCUGUUUACAGCCAGAAGGCCCCUCUAUAAACCCACCGCCUGCACCACAGCGGCCAUCGCAGCACAGCCUCGAGCUCACAAAGCUUUCUAUUCCCCCCGCUGUCAUCUCAAAAUGGUAUUUCAAUCUUUAACUUGUUGACCUGAGAAUAUGAGCCGGUAAACCACAACAGAGAGGGAAAGUGUCACAUUUAGUUUAAGGACAAGUUGAAUUGCUUUGACAUGAUGGUUUUGGCUUUUUUGUUCUUUUUUUCCUCUUCCUCUACGUCUUCCUCUUUUCCAGCAAAGUGACAUGAACUCUUUCCUGUGGAGAGUCAAUCGCGCACCUCCUCACCCGCCAUCUUACUUAUUUGGAACCAUCCAUGUGCCCUACACUCGUGUCUGGGAAUUCAUUCCUGAUCAAUCCAAGAAAGCUUUCCACAGCAGCUCCAAUGUUUUCUUCGAGCUGGAUCUGACAGACCCUCUGACCAUCUCCAAGCUGACCAGCUGCCAGCUGCUCCCGCAUGGGGAAAACCUGCAGACGCUGCUACCUCGAGACCUGUACCGCCGCCUCAAACGCCACCUGGACUAUGUCAAACACAUGAUGCCGUACUGGAUGACGCCAGACCAGCGAGGCAGGGGCCUGUAUGCCGACUACCUGUUCAACGCCAUAGCGGGAAACUGGGAGAGGAAGAGGCCUGUGUGGGUGAUGCUGAUGGUGAACUCGUUGACAGAGUGGGACGUUCGGUCCAGGGGGACGCCUGUGCUGGAUCUGUUCUUGGCUCAAGAGGCUGAGAGGAUGGGGAAGACAACAGGAGCUGUGGAGCGGGUGGAGGAGCAGUGUCACCCGCUGAAUGGGCUCAACUUCUCUCAGGUAGGAAGACCACUAGAUGGUUUGAUCUCUCUUUUUUUUAUCGGAUCGUCAGCAUGUUUACAGAUGGGCAAACUAGUAUAAAAGCACGAGUUCUUCUUUGCUUAUGCACCCUGUAUCAUUCUGCACCCAAUCUGAGUAAAGCCCCCCUCGAGUCCGUCAGGUUGAGCUAUAAAAACCUUGGAAAGGUUCAGUGUGUGCACAGCUUUUAGGCGUUGCUCUCACUCUAAGAAAAACGGUCAGAGAAUGUGGAAAAAGACAAUAUGAGGAGGAAAAAAAAUUGAUUAAAACCUCUCUCCAGGAGACAGCUUCACAGUUAUGGAUGUCCAUCCACCUCACUAAACAAACACACUCACCAGCUGAAUCUGCACAGAGAGUGUCAGGCUGAGCGCUGCACAUGUAGAACAGAUUAGAGAAGGUGAGAGAGCUCUCUUUCAUUAACGCAGACUGUCUGUCUGGCAACAUUUGCAAGCUUGGACUGCAAUCAUAGACUGGAAGAUGAAGAGGAUAAUUAAUCACCGGAUUAGCAAAACAUCGGGAAAAUAUCCACCUUUACUAACUCGCUUUAAGAAACGGAAAAGAAGGGAAUAUUUAUCAAUGUAAAUUACAAUCUAGUCUGUGAAUCUUAACUUGAGUUAAUUUUUCAUGCUGUGGGAGGUCCUCCAAAUAUCUAUCAGUCUCUAAAGGAUAAGGAGGAUGCUUUACUCUUAUCCACGAUCUGGUCCAACCUUUGAGCUGCAUUAAGAGGGGAAAACCUCUCAGUAUGUGUACUCAUGCGCUCUGCAUAAACAGCAACACACACACAAAGGUGCGAGAAGAACGCAAAGCUCCAUACAUGAACAUUGAAGGUGCAAUGCAACAGUAUCUAUUGAGAGCCUAGGCCUCCAUGUGACAGGUCGGUGGAGCUAAUUUGAGAGGCAGUGGGCUCCCAGCCUCUCCUCUUUCAUCAGCACCUCCUAACUACGCUGUCAAAGUCGCACUGCAUACCCGGCACAUGCCUGAGAGCUUUACUGCCCCUGGAAAUAAUCUCAGUAAGGCACACUGUGCAGCUCAGUAAUGAAGAGGAGAAAUGCUAAUGUCAUUAGGAGGGCUUUGCAUUUGUGUAGUGGGUCAUGUAACAUGGACAUGUUAUUUUCUUGUUACCUUCCUCAAGCCACCUUUAUUUUUCAAACAGUCAGCCUUUAGCUGAUCUGGAUUUAGUGCGGCAGGUUGGCAGUUGCCCCUAAAAGCAACUUGUUAAAGUUACAUCCUAAAAGAGUUGAAGAGCAGAGAGGUGUCCAACUUUAGAGAGGGGUCUAUAUCUCCUGCAAUCAUUUUAUUUUUCUUUAAAGAUCCACUCCGAUGAAAAACAUGUUUUCUUGUUGUCUAUGUGUUCAUGUGGCAUUUUUCUGAUGCUAGAGGACGUAUCAUGAGAAAAGUAAGUGCGAAAAUGCAUUUCUGAGUAUUUCUGCAUUCAAAUUGCUGUGAACCUCUGGCAGACCCAAACGGCAGGUUUAGACACGGUGAGAUUUUCUACAUCACAAAUCCAAGCUCCGCCCCCGUUAGCUGCUCUUCAGGCCAGACUCCAAGAAGUAGAGGGGACAAUGCUCGUAAAAAAGCUAAUUAUGAUAUUAACUUUCUUCCUGCCCCUAAAGACAUUUAUGUAUGAGAGCUUAAUAGCUCCUAUAUUACCUGCUAUUUCUGCAGCACUGGCAAUAUUAGACUUAAAGCUUGCUUGAGGAAGAGUGUGCAGAGUAACGUGUCCACCGUGACUCAGAAGUGAAUUGCUAAUGAGCUACUGGAGCUCCGCAGAAGAAAAUCCCUUGAAAAAUAACUAAAAACUUCAAAAUCACAAUUUUAAGACUACUGAGAGCACUUGAAGUAGUAAAAAAAAGAAAACAAUCGGAGUGGGACUUUUAAAGAAAAGAACAGGCAGGAUGCUCUGAAUUUACAAGGUACAAUAACUGUUUUACCAGACAGGUGCUCAAAUACAGAUAACAGUUUUACUGCCAUAAAGUUGGAGCAUGGAUAACUUGAAUCUCACCCUGUUGGAUCCCAAGAACAAGGCUUCAGCCCCCUUGUUUCUAGAUUUGUAUGAGAACAAUUCAGAGCUGAACUGAAACUGACAUGGAAACCAUUAUUCUCAAUUAUAAUAAUUUGUGAUUUAAUCUGAACACAAUGGCUGAUUGAUUCCCUCUACGCUCGAGCGUAUCCAGGAUGAGGUCAGAAGGAUGGAAAGAGAAAGACUCAAAGAGAAAAUGUGUGGGUAGGAGUAAGAAGAAAGAGAAGUGAGACACUGAGGGAGAUAGGGCCUGAUUAGAAGGGGUGGGGGUGUAAAAGCACCGUUCAGUUUGAAAAUGCAGGGAGACUGAUGUGCAACGUCUCACCACUAACGCUAAUCUGAAACAUGAGCAAAGCUUAGAGCAAGAUCUAAGUUGGGAAAAGUUCCAAACCCCGACAGCCUACAUAUUAUUUGUUCCCAAUAAAAGCAGUUGCUUUCAAUUUCCUGUAACUUUGACCUCACGGAGCGACUCGGGAACACAGGCGAUUUAUCAUGUGUCACACUGCAGGUUCCCCAAAGCCACCUGGUCCCAACGGUGCCCGUGCAGAGAGUAAACAUCCUGCCUUGAGGCUCUGGUUCAGGUCUACAGGUUAAAGGGAAGUUGUUUUUGGAUAAAUGAAGGUUCAGUUAGUCAUAAUUUCUAGUCUGUCUGUUUAAUUCAGCUUGUUUGUGGUGGAGGGAUGGAAAUACAGAGGCGGAACAAUCUGAAGACCAUGUUGAUCUCUGUACAGUGGAGACUUCUCUCAAGGUGUGGGUGUCUCUGUGAGGGGUAGUUUGGAGGUUCUGGAAAUAAAGGCAGCUCGUGGCGUAUGGUUCCUCUCUAGUCUUUUGGAGGCCGAUGCAGGUUGACAGCUGGGAGGGCCAGCCAGCACCAAAAUCUUUGUGAAGAAUGUUUAGAGAAAGAAAAAUCUGCUAACAUCAUGGAAGCAGCGGCCACAACUCUUGGAGGGGACUCCCAUAGAUAACUCCCACACAAAUCCUCCCUUCAAGGGCAGAUCAAUUAUCUUCCAUCAUGACUUGUGACUUUUACAAAUGUGUCUGUUGUUUCAAUCAUUAAACAAUGCCUGGGGUUGUAAGGAGGUGGGUGAUGAGUCUUAAGGUCCUUUCACACUGGGAGCGUUUUUUUCGUGCAAUUAUUUCGGACGUCAAUAUAUUUUUUCUAACCCAUAUCCUGUCGAUACAAGCGUUCACAUCAGCUAUGUUCUCCCAUCCUGCGAUAUUGCAGCAUUUAUUUUUUCGCUUCACAGCCACUUUUUCUAAAGUUUCGCAUACUGUGUGUCCACUUCUGACCAAUCAGAUUGCGUGUUGUUUUGACAACAGAUUCAAUGAUAUAUCCAACAUGGCCGACCGGCUGAUUGUUUACAUGUCGGAGAACACAAACAUUACAAAGAGAACACCUUGAAGGACAACUUGUGGAGAGUCAUAGUGUCGGAUUUCUCAUAUGACGAUGGUUUGUGUGCUUUAACAGUUUGCUAAAUGUGUUUGUUUUAACUUUCAUCUGUGCUAAGUAACUUUAGCUCGUAAGCUAACCUGUUCAGAUACAACAUACCAUAUGUAUUUUCACUGUCUCAAACUCAACCGCGUUGCUGUCUCAGCACCAUUAGGUCUCGGUUGUUACCUUAAGUUUAUGGAUUGUUGUUUAAUGUGCUUAUCUGGUACUGGCCCUGACUCAGUACAUGCUAUCAUGACAGACAAACAUCUCAACACUUGUGUCUAAUCAGAACUGAAAAACAGUCAGUCUGGUGUUGAGUCAGUCUUCUCGCUUCCAUCUGGGACGCGUCUCCCCCCUGGAAAGUCGCAAAAUCGCAAAAUCACAUCGCGCUUGAUAUGUAUAGUCAGGGGCAUUAAAAUUCGCCUCAGAAUAUUUCAUAAUUUCGUGUCAUAUAUUUGCGUUGUUCCCGGUGUGUAAGGACCUUUAGUGUCACCGUAUCUCAUUAUAUUGAGUGUACACAGGGCAGAUAGGAGUAAUAGGAGCUAAGGUGAAGAAUAAUAACUGCACAGUAAAAUGCUGUUGUGGGAGAUUUGAAGCCAGCCUCACUCCCCCCCAAAUUAACACCCUUAUUUAUUUUCCCUGGGUCACAUUGCAGCUGAGACCACUGGCUCAUAUCAGAGAGAAUUUGCAUCAUGGCGGUGGCGCCUGUAUACUGGGCAAGGGUCGGGGGUCACGGCGGGAGGUGGUGGUGGAGCCGCUGAGCAGCAGAGCGGUGAGGAGACUUGUAGUCUGCUGGGGUCAGUCUGGGCACUGCUGAGCAGGCAAGCAGAUCUGAUGGAGGACCCUGUCCAACCUGUGACCACGCAGACUGAGUUUCCAUCAGCUCGAGCUAUUUUGUGCUCUGACUUGUUUACAACUGCCUGUGUGUAUGCGUGGUUUAAAUAAAGAUGACAGGGCCGUGUCACCUCAGGUGGAGCUGGGAAGUGUUAGGAGGAAUAGGAGGGUGGUAUGUGAUGGACUCGGGUUCUUCUCGGCAGGAGGGAGCUCUGUUUACUGCCUCAGUGACAACCUGACAUGUGUAUUUCAAUCAGCACACCCUCCUCCUCCUCCCUGUGCCAUCCCCCUGCUGGAGAGGACAUCAGGUGGAGGCUCUCUCUUGUGCUGACGCUGCAGUCUCACACAUGCUGUGGUCACAGUGGGGAACUUUCAGACCCAGGGAUGUGGCUGAAACAUCACAAUGGUUUACUUAUUCCUGGUUAAAUAAAAUGAACUGUAUUGACAUGUAUUUUUAACAAAAUGCUGUAUGUAUGAAAAUCUAUACAGAAAAGUGCUAGGACAGCAACCACAGAAUUUACACACAGCGGUCAUGAAGUGAAAGUCAUCCGUUGGAGACAGAGAUAUUCACUUUAACUGUGGUAAGAUUUUAUUUAAGAGGAGUUACUUCUACUCCUCGUGAAAUUCAAUUUGAUUUGUAUUUUUACGUGCUUUUCCAAUUUAGUUUGGACUUUUUAAAGCAUAUUGCCCUAGGAUACAAAUCAGUGAUUUGAAAAUGACUCUAAAAACAGUAAAACGGUGAAAUACUGCACGUUUCCUGGAGGAAUGUUUCUCUUUCUUCUUCGCAGAGAGGUUUUUGGCUAUGUAUGGCGGUGAUUUGAUGAGCAUUUAUGGUAAGCGGUGAAUCAAAUAUCGUGAGCCCGGAGAAGUGAACGUCUCCUGAAGGCUGGGCAAGGGUUGCUAAGAGUAACAGCAGUCCCGAAAUCAAAAUAAGAUUCUCCAGCGUCGUAUCAUAUCAUGCAGAAUACUUUUCUCUGUGUUCUUUGGACUGCGUUCACCUAAACAGAACAUCUUUAAAGCAAGGAAUUAAGUAACAUCCAACCUUACCCAUAUCCAAAUAUUUACAUUCCCUGACGGGUGUGUAAGUUUGGGUUUGAAGGGUUGUGUUGGCUGCAGUUGGACUGAUGGAAAAAGCGACUCUUUGUUUGCACUCUGCUCUUCUUUCCUCCUCUUUCCUUUUCAAUCUCUGCUGCCUCCUUCUUGCUCCCUAUCUUUCUCUCUGACAUAUCCCGAGGCUGUGACUGUCCCAUUGCUAACCCGUUGCUCUUGUGCACACACACGCAUAAACAUACGUACAUCAACACACCCCCAGUGGAAAAAGAGGAGGAGGAGAUCACCUUUAAAGUGUGCUGGCGACGUGUAUCCCCUCUUUAAGCGUGACAUCUGAGGGUGUUUCACAUCUAAGCUAUAAUUACCUGCGCAAAUAUGUGGAAAACUGCGAGGCAACACGUAUCAGGGCCGAUCAUCUGGUGCUGUCGGCAGGCAGACGGCAGUCCCACUGUUGCACUAAUGACUUAAUAGGCCUCCUUAAUGACCAAAUAGCCUGCUGCCAUCCAGAAGCACUUAGACAAUUAUGUGCUGGCCAGAAAACUGCAGGCUGACGGCAAUGCGGAGGGAGGCAGGAGGGCUGGAUAUGGAUGCUGAGAAAACAGGGGCACAGUGCACUUGACAACGGAAUAAAUCAAAAUUACAUAAUUCUUUUUACUGGACUCAUAUUUUGUGGGAAAAAUAAAAGGUGUUGGGGAAAAUAUGUGAAAGCUAUGAUUGAGUUUGAAAGCAAGGAGCAAACAGGAGCUGGCAGGAACCUGGCACAGUGUUACUACAAGAAAAGUCCCACUUCAAGUGCAACGAUUUAAAAGUGAUCUUAACUGGAAAACUUGAGUCAACGCUCGACUCCGGAGAACAACGAAGAGUAACUCAUUCAACCAAAAUCUGUUGAGGCAAGUUUGGCAGCUGGAGUGGAAGUAAAUCAAUCAAUCGUUAUUCAUCAAAAAAAAAAUAUGUCAUGACAUUUGACUUAUAAAACAGGUCUAGACCACACUCUGUCAUAUUACAGCGAGAGACUACAGAAAUUCACACAGAGCAAGCUCUUGGCAAAAGCUUAAAAGAAACACUUCCUUUAAAUUAACAAGCAGAAACCUCAAGCAGGACCAGACUCAAUGCUGUACAGCCAUCUGUCGGACAAGAUUAAGCAAAAGACUUCUUAACUCUGAAAAAGUGGUCCAGGGCCAUUUAUUUGUUUUUAUUAAGUGGUUACACUUUAUUUUUAUGGUCCACUACUUAACACUCUACAUGCUAUCACUACAUAUUUUGUUGUAUGUCAACAGUUUUCUCUUUAUUUAGAUAGUCCUGACACGUGUACAAAUGCUUAGUUUAGACUGUUGACUGAUAGUCUGUUGAUGUUUCCAACAUACAGAUUGAUUUAGUUUAGUCGAUUAUCAACAGAAGAAGCUGAUAAUCUACUGAUAGCUUGUUGAAUAUUAGUCAACAACCUCACACAAAAGCACAAUGAGGGUCAGAGGAGAGCUAUUGCAAAACGUUGGAAGUUGAAAUGUGUCUGAAGUCUGCAGACAGUUUAAUGAAUGUUGCUUGUCUGUUGAUAGUGUUGAUUAAAAUCAACUGGUAGACUGUUGACACUCAACUAUGUAGUUAUAAUGCAGUUUAUAGUUUACUGGCUGUUAGUUAAAUGCAUCUUACUCGAAGUUUGUUGAAUGUAAACUGACACUGUUGACAUACAUGUACAUAUCUGCUAAUGGCAUGUAAAGUAUCAACAGCUGGACCAUCAAAACAAAGUGUUACCCGACUGUACAUUAAAGCUCCAGUGAGGAGUUUUAGCUGGUUAUAAAACAGACUGAAUUUAAAACUGACAGCUUUCAAUGACCUACAAAAAUAAAGCAGAUAGGAGCAGUAAAGAACCAAGCAGCUCUUUUCCAUUUAGUGGUUUGUGAUGUUUGUAGUUAAAGUCAGCGGGUAAGCACCAAAUAAAUGCUGGUAGUUUGUCAUAAAAACAGACUUUUUUUUUUCCACUGCUUGACAAUACAUUUUUUGACUAUUUCAAAACAGAAGACGAAGACUCCUUGCAUAUUUUCAGGGCAUAAUCAGUUAGAAAUGAAUCCCCACUUUGUCCACAGGGGGCAUCAAAACUGGCACAAACCAAAAGUUCCUGACAGAAGCUUUAAUCAACGAACAAAAAACUUUCAACAUCACCCUGAUGUCUUUGCUCUUGUAAAAACAAGCGACUUGUCUCCAGGUCACAACCCUCCUCACUCCAAGACCUAAUCUAAUGACUCCACCACAUUGUCACUGACCCCAGUGUGACUGAGGUAGUGAGUAAAGUGCGUCAGGUCGAAGUGCUCUUCCAUGCUUUACUGCUCACUGUGCCAAAUCCCUCUUCACUUCCUUCGCCCACGUCCGUUUUCCCCAUGGUGAAGAAAAUGAAAGUUCUUUUCUGAUUGUUAUGGCCUCAAAUCACCCAGCAGAUCCAUCGUCGCUUUGCAGUCAUCUUCACUUCAAAUGAGGACCAAAGCUGCUCUGCACACGCCUACACAGGCAGCCACAUACAGGCACACACGCCUAAACUGUUCUCUGUUUCUGUGUAAUUAUUUUGUCAUCCCUACCGUGGAAAUUACAGUAAAGUGAACAGUGGUUGAGUGUAUUAUCCUGCAGGCAGAUAGUCUCAAAGACACACACAAACAUACACUAUAUUUCUAUACUACGUAUUUGUUCAUCACGACAAGGGAAAAAGCAGUAAAUUGUGCAGAGCUGGAGGUUGUUCUCCUAUGGGAGGGGCAGGUAGUUUCCAGGCAGGCUGAGGUUAAUCUCAGGUUGUCUAGGCCAGAGGCUGAUUGAUCACAGACAGGAAUGUGACUGACUGAUUUCCUCAGAGACCCACUCGGCCCCUCUGGAAUGUUGUUGUCUUUUGGGACAUCGUUGUUUUAUAACCUUUGUUUAACCAGGUUAGUCCUGCUGUAACCAAGGAUAAUUAUACAGAUACCCCAUGUGAUGUGUGUACCACGCAGGGGUCAAGUUUUUCUCUUGAUGCUAUCACUCUGUAUCACAUUCUUCUCUGGUAUGCUGUAUUUAAUUUUGACUAUGAAGUGGGGCUUGAAUGUGUUGAUUCGAAAAUGUUGAUGCAUCAAGGCCUUUACUUUGGAGGGACGUUCAGAUGUCACAUCACAUCUGUUCUAAUGAAGUAAAAUCAGUUUGUAUAGUUCCAAUUAAAGCAUAAAAUGCUUUCAAUUUUCCACUUUGAAAAGUAGCCAGGCUUUAAUAAGGAGAAGGUUCUGGCUGCAAACCUCCACUGUGAGGACCCACCUCCACUCAGAGAACCCAAGCUGACGUUUUCUCACGCAAAAAUAAUAUAUAAAUAUCAACAUUAUACACUUAAAAUAAAGCCCCAAGAAAUAAAAAAUAUUCACAUGAGACAAAAAAUACAUGUACUUCCCAGUCGCUUUUAUUUUGAAAGGCUUCGAAUGACCUUCAGACGUGAAAAAACAAACAAACAAAGAAAAAAAUGUAAUCCCUGUAUAUUUGCUGUUAUUUUAAAAGGCUUUAAAAUCAACAUCUGGUCCGCUCAGUGGAGAUGGAUCCUCACAGUAGAGGUCUGCAAGAAGGGUCCUGUUAGUGGAGGUCUGUAGCCAGACUAUCUUGUUAAAAAGGGCCUGAGUAAACUAAUACUAGCUUUCAUGACCUCAAUUUCAGUGUUACCCACUUACCAUUGCUACAUCAUGAAAACUAAGACUUUCUUCUUGCUUUAGAGGUUGAUUAUUGGGUCUUUUAUUGUUUCUCUGUAUUUGACUUUUUUGCUUUUCUUGACUGUUUUCUUUUUUAAUGAGAACAAUUUUUAAUGUUCACUCUUUGAAGUUUAAAAAAUGUGGAUAUCACAAGUCCUGCUCUUGAUUUUACAUGUUCAGUGAUGGAGCAGCAACCCAGUAUCAGAAGUUGAAUUUACUGAGAGUGCUGUGAGGGCAGUGAUAAAUGCAACUGAUGCUGAGGCUGUUUUUGGACUUUGGACAUGCUGAAAAUGCUGGACUACGUACACAGAAAAUGCUCAAUGACAUGAACAAACAUGAACCAGUGCCAAAUACAGGUCAAGGUGAAAAAGGGAAUUUGUACUUCUAGCUGUGCUCUCUCAAUUUAUUACAUUUAUCCAAUUUUUCAAAAUAAGGGGGCCACUGUAACCCAGAGGCUAAGGCUUUUAUUUUGAAAAAUAUGCAGAGAGUGUAGGGCAUGACAAAUGUAGUCCAAAUACCUUAAUCAAAAGGAAAUAACUAGAAAUAAUGAGAUCAUGUGGAGUAUCUAGUAGCUAUGUUGUAUUUGCAAGGUAAUAAUUUGUUAAAGGCAGAGGAUGACCAUGGUAUUGGUUGAAGAACACUACUUAAUGUGAAGGUACAGUCGUGAUCAAGAAUAAGUAUACAGCAUUUACCCUAAAUACUGCAGUGCAUGGUGAAGAAAGUUCCUCCAAACCACACUGUUUUAAUUGUCUCAAUAUUUGAGGUAAUAUUUGUUUUUUUUCCUGUUAGGCAAAAUGGGAUAAAGCCAAAAACCUAAAGGCAAAAAGGACUGGUAUAUUAGAGCUCAGAAACACUCAGAGGAAAACAGAGGCAACCAGACAAUGAGAUAUAUGACACUGCCCAGUAUGAGCGAACAUGGAAAAAAGAUUGUCAGUACACCAUGGCAUGUGAUUUUCCAUGUUGGAUGCUCAGAGGUGAACUCAGUGUUGUGGUCCGCCUGUGACAUCAGCCACACAUACUACCACGCCUCUCACACACUGCCAGCCAGCAUUCAUAAAUAGGUGCCAGUGGAGAGCAACUGUGUGUAUGCGCGUGUUGUGUGAGCCAGGCUUGUCGAGGAUUAGGUAGUAUUAGCCGAGCACUCUCACUGAACUCUCUUUUAAUGUGACCCAUGAGUCCUCUGUGGCCCCUCUGCCCCGUCCCCAUUAAACACAACCCAGAGGAGCACUUCAGCUCGGCUUACACCCUGCGCCUGCUCCUCUCACCUUCCUGUACCCCUCCUCUCUGAUGACCUACGUGUUUGCGCUCAUUUUCGCUUUCACAGCUUUUACCUGCAGAAGCCUGCAAAUAGCAUAAUAAUGUCUCAGUUGUGCUUUUUAUGUUUGUUUGUCCAGUUGGAUUUGGUUAACCAUGUGCGUCAUUUUCUGCCACGUUGUGUCACACAUAUUUACACUUGCAUCUGCCUCCUAUCAAAACCUCAUAUAAAAAGUGUUGAUUUUGGUUUGAAACAGGUUAUUUAUGAUUUAACAUCCAACCACUUGGUAGGAGUCGAGAUUUUAAUUUUAACUCUGCAAAUAAGAGCUGAGAGUGACAACACUGAGUAAUGACCGUAUUUUUAAGCCCUCCUUACUCCCAUUAUCUGAAUUCCCAGCAUCAUAAAAGCUUCAACCACAGACAUAAGUAAAUGUCAGUAAAAUUUCAGACUCCAGACUCAAGUUUGGAGCAGGUGAGCCUGUGUUGGAUUACUCUGAGUCAUUGAGAGGAAGUAGUGAAAUUUGUACUUGGCCUUGUAAACCAAUGAUUUCAUGCUUGUUCAAAAAUAAAGCCAGCUUAACUCAGAAACUGUGUUUUUAGGUGCCACUAACUGAGUGUGUGUGACUGGGCCCUGAAACCCGUCCCAGUCUCCCUAACUGAUGUGAAAACUGCAGGCUGGACCUCUUGAAACAAGGCGUCUCUCGUAAACUUUAUUAGAGAGCACAUAAAUCCUGUCAGUCGUCCCAUCUCCCCCCUCCUGUGCUUUGAGUGACGCCCAUUACACACCUCUCCAUCUAAGAGUACUUCUCUAUCAAAGGACCCAGAUGGACAAAAUGUGCAGAGAGGCAAGCACACAGUAGCGCUAUGGAUCACUGGGUAAACAGACGGGAGAGACAAUCAAACACAUCACAGGCAGCGAGAGAAACAAGAGACAGCAGACAGGGAGACAGGGAGGCAAGAGACAGGCUCCAGUGCCUUUAACAAGAGCUCAGACACAGAUGCUCUUGUACCAACACGAACAGUUAAGUGGGUAUCGAUUACUGCAGAGAUUAAGUGAGAGCGCUGACAGAAUUUCUCUGGUCAAGCUGUCCUGAGCCUGCAGUGAAAAAAAAGACACAGCCUGUCCACACCGAGUCCUAUUGUUGUUCUGCAGCCUACCUAGUUUACAUAGAUGCGAGAAAUCACAACAUGUCAACUCCAACAACUGAAAUUAAAUCAACCAAUCCCUUUGUAUUCUCAAGACCUAAAACAGUUGUCUAGUCACACCAUUUUUCCUCAUUUUUUUUCCAUUCGUAUAUAUGGACAUUGCCUAAAUGACACAUACUGUAUUUGAUUAUAUACUGCAGCAGACACACUUAUCUGAAAACAAUCUUAAAAGAAACUGAAAUAUAAGGAAUAUUAAAAAGCAGGUUUUUCCAGCGUAUUGAAACUUAUUCACUUAUUUACAAAAGUUUCUUUCAUCUCUUGAUCCUGUCCUAUACUGUCAACAUCUAUGUGAGUGUGUGUGACAUAGUUUGGGCUGCAGUAAAUUGGACUUUCAGCAUUUUGUAGUUGUGCAGCAAUUGUCUUGUCCUUUGCUUUAAUGCCACCUCUUUGCAAAUCGUCAGACUUCAUAAUACCUCCUCAGAGAGUAUGACAGACAUCAUGAGGACUAUGUCCAUGUUUUGUACAGUCUGUGUAUGGCUGGGCAAUGAAACGAUAAUGAUAUAUAUUGAAAAUUAAUUUCCCUCAAUAUCAGUAUAAAACAUGGUCGAUAUGCUUUUCGGUAACCGGCAUUCUGCCAUGUUUUGUAGACUUUACGAAUAGCCAGUGAAAAGGGGAGUUGCUUCGUGAAGUAGAACCAAGUGUCAAACAAAGGCGUAGUAGCAGGCUGAAGCUACAUGCAACCAUAGCACUUUAACCCGUGAAGCCAACAGCACUGUUGGUGAGAAAAACAAGAAAAUGAGUGCUACCCCCGGAAGAAAUGCAGAUGAAGGCUCAACAGAUGAUGACAUCAUCGACAACACUGGCAUGAAAACGUCGGUGGUGUGGAGGUAUUUUGGUUUUUUGAGGUCAGAUAUGAAGCGGAGUAAUGUGCACUGCAAAUUAUGUCGAGUACAUGUUCUUGCAAUGUCGGGGAAUACCUCACAUCUUUUUCACCACCUGAAGCAGUGCCACGCGGCAGAACACGUGCAAUGCAAAAGGUUACAAACCUCGAGCGGAGAAAGGAGCCCAUGGCGCCUGAGCAGCUGAAACAGCCGACCAUUCAGUCUGCUUUCUUCAGCGCAACGCCUUACGACAAAACGUAGAAGAGACACAAAGACCUCGCAGAUGCAGUAGCUUAUUGUAUUGCAAAAGACAUGCUACAAAUAAACACUGUUAAAUUUCAUUUUUUAUAUCGUGAUAUACAUUGAUAUCGACUGAUAUGAAAAAAAUAUAGCGUGAUAAAAAUUUUUUCCAUAUCGCCCAGCCCUAAGUCUGUGUUAAAACACAAUCAGCUCACUCACCAACUUUGUCCCAUUAGGUCAUCGUUGUUGGUUUAAGUAUUACACACAAAGAAAGCCUCAAUCACUUGGAUUUGCUUUGCAGUUUAUUUUGAACAACUGCCACAUAAUCAGGACUUAUAUUCACAACAAUCACAGUAAAAGCCUGUAAAAUCCUGGAGGGACUGAUCAUUGUCAUGUUCAUUUGACUGCUCCAAAGAUAGGCCAGAUCUUUCUGGAUAAAAACAGUAAAUGCUAACACUUCUAAACUGAUCCCAAACCAACAGCUGCUUAAUGUGACUGAAACCUUCAAAAUAAACCGUUCAGUCUGUAAAUAUUGUGUGAUUUUACUUCACAGUACUCACAGUAGCUCAAAGGGAUUUGAAGCGCUUGUGCAUUCAGGCCCCUGUUCUAUCUCUCAAAUUAAGAGUUCCCAGAGCUUUCUCUGAGCCGGAUUGACUGAGGGAGCCGGUUGCCCUCGACCUUGCCCUCCAAAUGACCCCAUCCUUUUGGCUGAAACCCCAGAAUAACCCCCUCCUUAACCCCCCUCUGAACUGCUGCUGAACAUGACUUUCUCAGUGCCUUGGUCUGACUCAAUUAGUCUUUGCAAAUUUGGUUUAAGUAAAUAAGAGGUUUAACGAAUGCCUGGAUGGAUAGAAAUUGGUAUGAGAUUUUUUUUUUUUUUUCACUAUAAGACCAGUUCACCACCUCAGGACAAAGAUGGAAAGUGCACUGAUGUCAUGUCACAAUAAUUUACUCAACUAUUUGGCAAACUUUCCAGAGUCCUAUGUGAAAACUUCCAUCCAUGUGGCACGUAAAAUGACUUUUAAAAAAUCAUGAUAAAGUUGGCUGCCCUUCAGUUGACGUGUGACCUGGUCAAUCCUUUCCACGAGAGUGAGGACGAAAAAAAAAAGAAAAGAAUCAUAAAAAGGGAUUACGAGAAAGAGAAGUGGACGAACAGGGAUGAGGAGGGAUUGGAGAGAAGUAGACUAAACCUCACGCCACUCAGGCGAAAAGAAUAAGAGCCGAGAAGGAAAUAAAAUAGUACAUUUUGAUGGUAUUGGAAAAGAGAAAAAGCAAGAAUAACACAGGAAACCUCUUACUUUCUACACUCAACGGUUUCCUCUGUGCCAAAAUAAAAGACAACAAUAACAAAAAUCAGGGAUGCUGCUGUGAAGUUCCCCCUUCCCUGUUCUUCUCUUGGUUUUCAGAGUUUUCCCCCCUCCUGCUCUCGCUCAUCACGGCCAAUUUCACCUGUCACUCAGCGGCACAGUUUUUCCAACACAGCUCUCCUACCUUUCCCAAGGCAUGCACUCUGCUGGCGUCCACUGGAACAGUUUAAACAUAAUAUCAAACAUAUGGCAGAGUUUAUGGAAUGUAAAUGAGAUGAGAAAUCAAAUUUACUCAGAGAGUCGUAGCGGGACUGUGGUCUCUGAGGGGUGCUGAUGUUUGGGGAGAGUCUAAAUGAUGGGCAGCUGUAAUUGCAGCCACAAACUGAAUGUGGGGACUGGGGAGGACAAGAGGGGGGGAGCGAGUUAUGUUAGAGUGCCAGGAGGAGAAGGAGAGUGGGGUACGGGGUCCAGGUGGGGAGAAAAAAGGGGUGAGAGCAGGAGAAGUUAGACAGAAGGUCUCUCAGUGGGUGGCUCUUAGCUCAUUUUUCUUCCUCCUUCUCUCUGUAGCGGGUGUGCAUCAUGUGACGAUGUGUAAUUGGCCUGUGGUCACACCAGAGUUGUGCAAACAGAUUAGUGGGGAAACAUGUCAGCCUGAGGGGCUGCCGAGGUUGAAUGUGUGCGUUGUGUGAAUCACAGAUGUGGGAUUGUGUGGGAAAUAGUUUGAUUGAGUUAAACCUGUAUUAAUGGUGAACAGGUGGGGCAGUUAACUUUGUCACAGGCAAAUUUGUCGUCGUGGGCACGCGGGGAAUGUUAAGAGCUCAAGCCUUAAUGCACAGUUACAUAUGUACUCUCAAUGCAGACGUAUGCAGAGUUUCAUUUGCAAUGCCUUAAUUUCAUUAUGAUCCUCCCCAUUCAGAUUCAGCUCAGAGGUGGCGUGUGCUAUGAGGACAAAUCAGGACACAAAUCUAGUUUUCCAUCAUGACGCCAAAACUACUACACCUCCAGAUACCGUGAACAUUUAUCACUAAACUUUCAUAACUGGGCAAAGUUGUUGGAUUUAGAAUGUCAUAUAAAUCCCACAAAUCAAGAGACACUUGUUAGUUUUGCAUGUAAUUUUAUGUAACAUUAUACCUCUAUAUGGUUCACUGCAUAUCAAACUUCAUAAACAUUGCUUUACGUUGUUAUGACUGUUAUAAUCAUGUUGCUCUAAAGCCUUAUAAAUGCAUUUAUAAGUGCUUUAUAAGUGGUGGGUUUGUGUAUAGUGUUACCAAAAUAACUUCAGAUGUCACAUGUUAGCAAUAAAGAAUCAGAACUAGCGCUCAGUGGACUCCGUUUCUUCUGUUUCCAGGCCCUACUUUCUGUUACAAAGAGGAAAGCGUGAGAGAGACCAACUCACCAUCUACGUCUCAGACAGAAUUUUUUCAAAAUGUCACACUAUUCUUUUCAGGGCGCUGUGAAUCCCAUGAGAAUUUUUCACUGUACAAAUGUUGUUGGCCUGUAAAUACAGAAGAGAAUAAAACCUGCCCCAUUUGGCCAAAAGUGCAUUAGGCUUUCCAGCUACAGUUGACUCUGAGAACAGAAAGAUACGUGAGUUUGACUUGGCUCGAGAAAGUCGGUGUGUAAGCAGACAGCUUUAUUGCUUUCUGAUGCCCCUGUCAGCUCUGUGCCAGACCACCUGCUUUCAGGAAGAAACAGCAUCCCAUAAUCUACCGCCCAAUGUGGAUUCACAGCUUUUUUCCCGGAAUCCUUUGUGUAACUUUUAUGUAGUUUUGCUCUUGUCACUCGUUGAUAUGGUUUUAUAAAGAGUAACCCUGACUGGCUGUGCCCAGUGUCUGUCAUGCCUACUGUAAUAUUAGACAAGGCUCAAGGGCAAAAAGAGUCAAGACCGCACCAACCAAGACCAAGACAUUACAGAGACCAGAGAGGACCGAUCUCGAGUUCUACAACACUACUGUAUGGUAACCGUUAGCUUACCUGUCUUUAUGCUUCCUCUCGAGGUGACUGUAAAAGUUUGAAGUCGAACCAGCUGUUUCUACAAGUUGUGCACUGCAGAAUUUGCACACUGCUGAGUGUUUUCGCUCUCAUGUCGUUUUACAAAUGAACUCCUUGUGGUUUAGGAAACCAAACUUAAUUAUUGCUGAGUUGGCAGACAUCUUUCAUGACGAGUUCACCGGGUGCCGAGCAUGAACACAGCCUCUCCUCCUGUCGUCUCCAUCCUCUCUCUGUAUGGAGGGGGUGUGUCAGUCACUCAGACUGUGUGACACUGGGCAGGUAACUUAGCAGCUGCAACUGGGGGAGAAUCAUUACUACCAAUGAUGUGAAGUUAUUAGCUCGACCGGUCUCGUUCAAAAACCUGAGUAUACUCACUCCAAGACCGAGUAAAAAUGCCUUAGAUUCCGAGACAACACCAAGAGACCAAGACCGAUCUCGAGUACUACAACACUACAAACAGACUUUAUCCAUAUCAGCUCUAUGCAGUACAUUACAGCAGAGUUUCCUCUAAUAGAGGGGGAUCCUCAGUUUCAGACAUAAAAUUUCACAUUUACAGUAUCUCUCUUGGGAAAUCAUCCACUGAUAGCCCAAAGAAAAUGUUUCCAGUGUCCAAACCAAACAAUUGCUGUUACAAAUUAGGUUUACAAAAAACUUUUUGGAGGGCACGUCUAUGCUGAUUUUGUCUGACUGCAUCCUCAUAACAAUGGAUUCUGUUUUUUCCAUGCAUGGAAUCAGCCCCUACUGUUCCAUUUUAUUGUGAUUUUGAUCCACAGUGUUGAAAAGAUCCACAGAGAUGUUUCCUCGCCACCCGCUUAUAACGGAUGUGGCCUUCAGUGUCUUAAUUCAGGCUGAAACUUCACAAAAUCUCAUAAUAUGAAAAAUAUGGACUGAGCGCAGUGUGAGCCAAGCUACAGUCUGGAUCGACAUGGACAAAUCCCUUGUUUUUGAUGGACUUUUCUGCUGUUGAUUCUCUCAGGUAAUAGUGUCAACGCCUCGGGGCCCGACAGAGGCUUGACAGACAGACGGUGAAGGCAUGCGUGCUAUUGUUGACAGCCAAAAAGCUCCAUCUUUGUGCAAAGCUCACAGAGAGUGAGCAAGUAUUGGAAUGGAAACACGAGUUUAUUUUAUCAGCUUGCCAAAAUGCAGACAGGGAGAGCGCAUGAGAGACGCAGAGAAAGAGAGACGGAGACAGAGGCCAGGCCACCUCAAAGCCUCUGCAGUCAGCUCUGGUGACGGCCAACCCAAGCACCCGAGAGCAGUGUGAAUGGCUUUUUAAUGCUUGCUAACAGCCGGGGUAUUUAGUGGGAUGGGUGGAUGGAUAAAGGGACCUGCUGAUAGAUGGAGAAAUGAUGAGAAUGAUGACAAUGUUUAGACAUGAGGUCCUGGAUGACCACUACUGCAACACUGCUACCCUAGAUUUUAACUGUCUGACAAAAACCUUCUAUUAUUGAUCAGGCAGUCAAGCUGUGGUAUUUUCUCUGUCUCCUGCUUCAUUCAUCUUGGUUGUGUCUCAGUAUUUUUCAUGAGGUCUUAUUAUUUUUGUCGACACAAAUGAAGUCUCAAUUAUGUGGAGCAAUUUCCUUUAUUGCUCUGCUAUCUAUAGAUGAAUGUCCAACUGGCUACCAAUCAUACAUUCAUUCACUUUUGAUUCAUAAGCUGCUGACGAAUACUGUCCAGCAAAGCUUUAAAAAAGUACAAUGUACCAACCAUAACAGCCCUGACAAAUUUGCAAUCUGUUGUGGCCGUGGCCAAAGAAAGGCAUUGGCUUGUUUGAAGCAGCCUGGACUAAGUGUUUGUUGGGUCUUGGCCUUGAAAAAGCUACUAUUACAGCAGUUGUGAUUUACAUUUUCCUACAGUGACCUUAAAAGAAAGGCAAGCCAGCACGAUAGCUCUGCCUGAAACCGAAUAGGCUCAUAACUGCGUCUGUAAAGUAAAGGAAGGUGUAGGAGUGAAAUGAUCACAUAAUUACCUUCAUUAUUUUGUCCUUUGACCAAAUUCUGGAAAAGUCAUUACCUUUCGAUACGACUCUUUCUGUCAUGAACGUACAGUAAGUGAUUCAGAAUACAAAUGUGAAGAUCUACGCAUGGAAAACUGUCUGUGUGUGACUUCCUUUACACUCUACUCUUAGCUUUUUGUGCGCUUUGCACCAGUGUUCAGUCUCCUUGUAAAACAUAUAAUGAUAAUAAUAACUUUAUUUAUAUGGCACUUUUAAAAACAAGUGUUUACAAGGUGCUUUAAUAAGCAGGAAAACAAAGAAGAUAACAACAAGAGAACACUUGAGGGAAAUGUCAAAUUACUGGCAAUAAAGAAAUAAAAUAAAAUAUGAUGAAAAUUGGUGGAAGACAUAAAAGCUUUGAUGAAUGAGAGGUUGUUAAAACAAAGUCAUUAAAACAAAGAUUAUAAGAGCCAGUGGUCCCCAGCCAACAUUAGAACCCAUUCACAAAAACCUGAGACCAAGGGUACUAUUAUAAAACAUGGAUAAGAAGCGUAAAAGGUUUAAAAGAAGACAAAAUCACGUAGAGUUUUAAAACUGCAUGUAAAAACAAAAACUCAUGACCUUUGGCCUAUAAAAUCCCAGUGUCAUAAUUUAACUGUAGUGUACUUGCUCUGCUUAAAAGUACAGAAUUUGCUAGCAUUGUAGAUUUGUUUUGUCCAGCAUUUCACGGCGGUGUGUUGCACUAGACAAAAGCUGUUUCUAAUGUUGAAGGCGGCACACUUGGGUUACUAAAACGUUUUGAUGAGCGCACAACAAAGGAUUGGCUUUUUAAAACUUAGCAAAUUUAAUGAGCAACGUUUACGUCUUAAUGAAAAAAUGAAAGGAAAAAACCACAGUGAGCAAGAAUCCAUUUUUAUCAUGUUUGUCAGAGGGGGUACACUGAUGUAAGAAACCAGGCGGCUCAUUUGAACCACAGAGACUUCUCUAUCUUACCUCAACUCGCCUGCUGUUUACACUAAAUGGCCCCUGACUCAAACAAAAGCUGGACGGCUCCGUGGAAACCCUGAGCGGAGAGGAUGAGAAUGAUGAGGAGGGGAGAAGUGAAAGAAAGAAGUUACAGGAGGUGGUGAAAGGGGAGAAGGGAAACAAACAGAAGAAAUAAAAGAGCUCUUUCAACAAUGACAAAUAUUCAACAAAGAGUCCUGUAGCUUCUUCUCGACUUUGUACAACAUGCUGACUUGGACAAAUGAAAUGUCUGGUAAACAUAUCAAUUUGUUUUUGAAGUAUUUACUUUCUGUAUCACAGGGUUGAGAGUACUAUCUCAUAUUUACUGGAGUAUUAUCUACAAACUAAUAUGAGCAUUUUUCAUGAGGUGUUUUGGAUUAUACUAUAUCAGGUCAUUAUUUUACUCAGACAGGUGGCUUAACUCUGAAAGGGCAGUGAUUAUGUGCUAAUUCUUUCCCUUCAAACUUGAACGGUCAGCUUUAAAAAGAGACCAAACCUCAAAUCUUUAAACCCCCACAGACCCCAUAACCCAUCCACUCUCACCAACAGAUUUGGCAUUCAGAACUUCCUCUCACCUCACCAAGAGACAGACGAAUUAUUUGUUAAAGCCAUCAACAGGAAGAGAGAAAUUGAUUUAGAAAGUGUAAAGUCUGGUUUAAGUCUGCAAAAUGUUUUAAGAAUUCCAUCCGUCUUCGCCCUGGCUAAAUCAUGGUGAAGGGAGUUUUUUUUCCCUGAUUGAGAGCCAAGUUUUGGAGAAAUUUUCGGGAAUUUCUGUUGAAAUAGUGGACGGUUCCCCCUACUUUGAGAGCAAUUUUCUGUCUUUCUUUUCUUUUAUGGAAAAAAAAAUGCUUAUCUUGGAUUGGUUGUGGUUGUCAUUGCAGUGAUUGUGGAUGAAAUCAGUUUGAAGGAUGUCUGGUUUUGGGCUUAGCUUUUUCUGGGGCAGCACUGCCCACCCAGGAGGACCUGCUGAUCUGGCUCUUGUAGAAAAAAAAAAGCAGCAGCUCUAUUCCACAUUCUCUCCUAAAGAAACACAAAUAAAUGUCUUUUAAUCAGCCCUGAGUUCUUCAGGGGCUCAUUUGGAAGGAAUGUAAUUGAAACUCAAAAUGAAAGUUAUUCAUAAGGUAAAUGUGCUUUGGUAAGCUUGAUUUCUCUCCCCCACAGAUGGUCUCUCCUUUACCCAAGAGUGAUCAUGCUGAAGUUCAGACUAAGACACAAUUAUUUCAUAGAGCAGGACUCUGACACUAUUUAGGAACACUCUGUGAAAUGUAAAAAUCACGCAGGACCGCAGAUAUUUCAACAAAUGAUUUAAUACAAGCUCUCUGAUAUAAUGAGAGGUCAUUGGCUCUGUAUGCCUGUCUGUCUUCUCUCCUUCUUGUUCGCUGCUUUCAGGAAUGUCGAGGGGGAAAAGGUCCGGAGUUCAGCUCCUCUGAAAGGGGAUCCAAACCGCGUGCUAACGAGAAUGCCAAGCCUAACAGGGACUGACAGCUCAUCCAAUGAGAGCUGCUGUGUGUGUACGUGCGAGUGAGGGUUGGGGGUUUGGUGUAAGAGCAUGCCAAAUAUCUGUGUGCAUUUAUUAUGAGAAAGCAAAACAUCCCCUGUGAGGCUUAAUGACUCAUUUUUUUUUCACACACAUGCAUGCAGGAAUGCACGCGCAUAAACACGCAUGAAGAUGAGACGCAGACGCACUACUUAUGCACGUCAAUCAGUCAGCAACAAUAAUCUAAAGGAUGUUUCUCCUCCAUCUCCACCUUUCUCCAUCGUGGCCACAACAACCGGCUUUUUGGACUCAGAUGGAAAGCAGAUGGGUCAGAGGGUGCUGAAAGAGAGACAGAAAGAAAGACAUGAAGAGGAAUAAAAAGGGUUGAGAGAUGAGACAGGACGGGAAAAGGAGGGAGAAGGUAAAGAGGUCAGAUAGGAUACAGUGAGAGCUAAAGAGAAAGUGAGAGAGAGAGAGAGAGAGAGAGAGCGAGAGAGAUAAAGGCAGCCAAGGGGUCAAGAAGGGAGCGAGGGAACCAUCAGCCAUUUUCACAUGAAAGGAAUCCAACCAAUCCCCUCAAUGAUAAACAUGUGUCUGUGUCUGUGCUAUUUAUGUGUGUGUGACUUAGCGUGUCUGCGUUGUUCACUGUUACAGACACUCUGACUCCUGACACUGACAGUGCUGAUGAUGAUGUACGCUCUCUCUUCCACACACACACACACACUGACACCUCGUCUACCAUUGUGACAACAGCCGGUGAAGCGUACCGCACGAGUGUUAACUGACACAAGCCAUCACACCCUGAGCACAACAUCAGAGUCAGGUCCAAAAGCGUUGCAUCACCUCUUCCUCCUCUCCUCUUAGUCUUGUCCUCACCUGCCUUCAAACUUGCUGCUCACUUACACCCUCAGGGACCGGACCGAAUACUUGAACACUGCAUGAAAUAAGAGCCAGAAGAAACUACAAAAAAAUUAAAUUAAAAACAGAAAUCCCAAGAUUUUUGGAGGUUAGGGUGGUUGAAGAGGGUUUUUUUAGGAGGCGGAGCCUUGGUAACAUGAUGAUUUUCUUCUUCUGUAUGUUGGAUUUGGCUUUGACAAAAUAUUUGGCAGUUGGCCGAGCAAAUUUUCAGUGUGUAUUUGUGCCCUUGGGAGUCUACACAAAUAUGUAACUGAAACAUCCCUGGUUGGCAGUCUUUGUUGUAUUGCCUCCCACUUUGUAUCCCAGCAUUUCCUCUCUAUUACCUCCUGAAACAUGUACAAUAUUUGGAAAAAUCUGUCCAAAAAUCAUGUAUUCCUGUGUUGAGGGCUCCAGAUAAUGAAACAAUAUGUUCUUCAGUUAACCUCUAGCCUAGAUACCCUAAGAAUAGAAGUGAAAAGCCUCUGCAUUGUUUCCAUGACUCACCUACAGGGACAACAUAGUUUCUGGACAGCAAUGUGAGUUGGCUCCUGUUGUGAUGUCACGAUAGGAGGGAUUUGCAUGUGGAUCAAGCAAGUAAAACCACCCUUACUUCCACUCCUCGAGCUGCCUCCUAAUUUGCUAUUGGGCUUUUGCUGCAGUGUUGUCACAGUGAGUUGGUUGCGAAAACAAAUAUCUACAAUCUCUCUCAGCACCAAUGAAACCAAUAUAAACAGUUUUUGCUUUUUAUUUUAACAACAGCUGGAUCUAGUUUGAUUGCUUGUGCCAACCACUUCAUCAUGGACUGCGUCAGAAAAAGGAGUUGACCACAUAUCCUUGAACAUGAAAAGCAAAAAAAGUAUGAAGGCCACUCAUAUUUUAGUGUACUAUGAAGAGACUUGCUAUUCUGGGUUCUUCUAAAGCACUUAUCAUAUUUGUUUUACGUUUUUCAGUCUCUGCAUCUGUCUGCAUGGGUUUGCACCCUCGGGCACUUAAUCAGCACAGUGUCUCAUUAGUAGGGUGACCAUAUUCUGACUACCCAAAAAGAGGACACAACUACACUGAGUUGGAAUUAAUUUUGAGAGUUUUUAGGGUCGGAUUGAGUGUCUUUUACAUGCUUCUAAUUCAGUAAGUGCACAUGACACAAACUCAAAACUUUCGUACAAAACCGCGGACAUUUGAAGGAUUUUAUAAACUUCCUCAGACAAAACCAGACAGCCCCCCAAAAAGAGGACGUGUCCGGGUAAAAGAGGACAUAUGGUCGCCCUACUCCUUAGCAUCCCCCCUCCCUCCCAAAUCACUACAUGGAUAAUGUGAUUAGAAACUGAGAGGCUGCAGCUCCUCCUCUAUUCAGAGGCUGAACACGAUUUGUUCAUAGCAACUGGAUUCAACAAGUAGGACAGAUUGAAAUCAGAUAGAAAUACCAACAAAUUAGACCUCAUACUUCCCCCUCAAUCCUUCAAAUCCUGUUAAAGUUGGUGAUUUCACUGUUAUAACUCUGCUGCAUACGUCUGUUUGGAAUUCUUUUGUCAUAGAUCUUUCUUUCAGACUUAAUUAGGUAAAGUUGCAGGUGUUUUCUUUGGCAGAUGCCUUUUUUGGGGCUUUCAAUCUGUUUUCAAAACUACGCUCAUCUUGAGCCAACUUCACAACACUGUUAAAGUUUGGAUUUCCAGACUUCUUUUAUAGCACAACUGCUACUGGCAUCUGACCUAAUAUGACUCACAUUUGUCAGAGUGUUUGCUGUUGAGAUCAAGAAGCUUCAAAGUUAAAAUGUUUAUACUAUUUCCCCUCCAUUUUUUUCCUGCUUUUUUCCCUCCACACCAGUCAUCUCCUUCACCUCCUCAGCUAUUCAAGGAUCUUUGCAGCAAAAGUUGAAGUCCCCUGAGAGGCUGAGGUUGAAGGGCCUCUCUGUUGACUCACCCAACUUCUUGGAGCCUAGCCAUGGUUACUGCCACCCGGCCCGAAAUGAACCAGGUGGGGGUGUGGACAAAGAGAGCAGACGGUCAUUUAGGGGGAGAAAAUUAGGUGGAGGGAGGAAAUAGUGAUCUGGGAACAAGAGAAGAGAAAUGAAGGAGUUUUGCUUCGGCGGGGUAAACACUCUUAAGCUUGUCCUUUGUUGUUCAGAAGAUUACGUCUCCGGAUUGCAAACAUCAGUUUUAGUUGGCUUUUUAAGAAAUGCUUUUUGAUCCAGUAUGUGUUUGUAUGUGUAUGCUUGUUUAUACCAGUAUGUGUGUUUGAUUGCUAGUUACUUCCUUUAUGGUAUUUUCACAACAAUGGCUGCGGUGGACAGGGUAUUUAUUUGGAGGAGCCACAAAGUACGAUUCUUCUUUUCCGUUCAUCUGUUGUAACCCUAAAUGUGUAAGGCAUCUGUCAGUAUCCCCUCUGUGUGUAUGUGUUGGGCCAUUGAAACCACUGCUACUCACCCGUAACCACACACUGACAAUCGGGUCACUGGCACACAUUCAUGCAUGCAGGAGAACACAUAAACACUCACAGAGUCACACAUACACGCAGACUGCGGCCCUGUGUGAAGUGGCUCCAUUUCGACUCAAUCGACUCUGACAGACAUUGUUUUCAGUGGCCCACAACUCAAUAAUAUCACGUCCCUGUGUGUCUCUGUGUGUGUGUGUUUUAUCACGCUUUCUUAUUUCAAGUAACACAACUGUUCCUCUGCCUCCACUUCAACACCUAAUUACUGUCAGAGGUGAUGUGUAGUUGGUACUAAACCAACAGUGAUCUAGUAAAAUCCCAGUGUUAAUUAAGAUAGGCUUUAGCCCAGCGGGGAGUGUGGGGAGACUGAAACUGAGAGCUCAAUGCAGAAAAAAGCCAGUGUGCUCAGACAAUACCAUCAGAAAUACUCAUAUAAACAAACAAAGGCAGAGGCCAUUGUUUCAGAUCUUGCUCAGCACAAUGAUUAGUUUAGACAGAAAGUUAGGUGAAGCAAGGGUCUAUUUUACAGCUCUGAGGGCAAUCAUUUAGUACAAUAAAAUCUAAAUAAACCGAAACUCACAGCAGCUUUGAUGCUUUCUUCUGUGGUGAGGUUUGGACCAUUAAGCUGAUGUGUGUGUUCGCAUGUGUGUUUUGUGUUUAUUUGUGUGUUUGUGGCCUCAGAGCCAGCCCCGCCAGACUGCAGUCUGGGGCAUUGAUCCAAAGAAAGAUAACACUAAGUCCAGGCCGAGGUCACAAAGAGCUUGAGUGUUUGUUUGAGUGUUAGUACUUAUGGGCUCUGUCAUCUCAGAAAGUGUUAUGUCUAUGCAGUUAUUUCAACUCCAACAGAUGCUCUUUUUCGCCUUUAAAACUAUCUCUGCACCUUUAAUUCUUUCAUGGGACUUUCCAAACCAGCACAGGUUUCAGUUUUCUAAGUUUUUGUUUUUUGUCUCAAAUGUUUGAAUUUGUACAGCAAAGUAAGUCUUAGAGGCUGUUUUAAGAACAAAGCCUCAAUUCCUGAUCAUAACUGAAGUGGAAAUGCCAAAAUCUCAUUAAUUCCUACAGGAUUAGAGCAGGUAAUCUUUAUAUAAACUAUUUUUUUUUGUUUUGAAAGGGCUGACUGAGAGGUGAAGAGCAACAUAAAGGAAGGGAUAAUGGUAUUUUUUAUGUUGUACCAUUCACUAUUCAGUCUCUUUUGUAGAUGUUUCUCACUGUGCAUAAAAGCAAAAACGGUCGUAGACAGUUGAUAGUCAUAUGUUACCGAAAUAUUUGCUGUAUUUUGUCUGUCUAAACUCACUGUACCUUUAGUAAAGAAAUAGGUGUGAUCAAAUUUACACUUUUUUAAAAUUUAUUUCUGGGCUUUAAUGAGAUGUCCAAAAUGACAGGACAGCAGAUAAAGAGGGAAAAAUAAAAAAUCAAUUGGAAUCAAAUCCAGCUGUAAAAAAGAAAAUACUAAUGCUUUUAUCCAACACACAACAUUUUAAUUUAUUUCAUUAAUUAAUAUUAUUUAUCCGUUGAAUCAUUAUUGCUAUAAUGCACUAAGAGACAGCACAUCCUUUCUGCACUGAGAAGGAAGAUAGAGAGAUCCCUAAUCAUGAGCAAGUCUACUGUUUCUAUUACGCAGUCAUUGUAUGAACGUCUUCCAUUACAUCAUUUUUACACAACAGGGUUUAAAUUUAGGUAUUGCACAAAAACACAGCUAACAACAUGCAACCCUCUUUUGAGUAAUUAGAUUAUUUCUGCAGCUACAGCAGCUCGAAGUUUUAUUCGUAACCUUUCAGCGAAGACAAACUGCACAAGUUGUAAUCAUGUUUAUGCAAUACUCCUCCGGUCUGCUGCAGCAUUCCUCUCAAACCGUGUGGCCUGCUUGAUGAUUUGCGGUUCAUUUCGAACCACAAUCUUGUGAUCUGUUGGUCAGGGUGACCACAACCCCUCAGCAUGGCAGACCAAAGCUAGGCUUGAGCUGCUGUGGGCUGCACACAAAGAUUAAAAAAAAGGGAUGUGGACUGAUGUACCCACACACUGUAUGUACAGCUUAAACACCUCCUGUACAUAAAUGUACACACACAUGUUCUGAAACAUUGAAUUAUGGAUCUUUCCCACAGGCUGAUCCGCUCUGUCAGAAGCCUCUGCUGAGCUGUGGUCCAAACCCAAUGUUUUUCUUAAUAUGGAGUAUGGGUGCUAAAACUAUUAGAGGCAGCAAUCAUAGUCUUAAUCAUAUUGGAUUUCUUCAUACCAAGCACUUUCCCUGGGCGGAUACAAAGCUGAGAGCUCUGAGUGGUCGGAGGUCGGAUAGUGCAUGUAAGUGCCUGUAAAAAAAGAUGUGAAUGCACUCAUAGUGGUAUAUAAGAAAGUUGUGUAUAGUUGUUCUUAAGAGUUAAAUGUGUGUAAGAAAGAUGUGAAGUGAAAUAUAAAUUCUAAGUAACCAGCACUAGAUUCCUGCUAAUAAAGACGACUCUCCUUAAAAAUAGGAGCAGCCAAGAAUGUGACAGAUCAAAAUAAAACUGGUAUUAGAAAAAUGUGUCACUGAUUCAUGAGGGAAUAAAUUCAUAGAAACUCAUGUGCAGACCAGACGGAGUGAGAUUGAAAUCCUUGUUGAUGCUUUGCUGUGCCACGUUAGCUCACACAUAUGCAUACAGCCAAGCAAACAGAGAAUUAUAAGAAAAUUUAUCCCCUAGAGCUACUAUUUAAAGACUCUUACCCUACUCUUACCCUCUUACACUCGCAUGCAAAAAAAGGAGUAUUAAGGUUUUAAAUAAAUUAGGAGGAUUGUAAAAACAUUCUAAGAUUUGGCGAAUGCUCACAUCAACAGAUUUCUGUGCCGAAAGUGCAGAUUUAUGAAAUAAUGAGAGUCUCAUGAGUGCAGUUAAAUGCCCGAGUCUCUGAUGGGACAGCCAACGUGGCUCCUAGUCAAGGUCAUCCAGAGAAGAGCUACUAAUCUAUGGCCGGUGUUCCUGUAACUCGUCCACCACACAAAGCCAAGACUCUGCCUUCCAUCUCCAAACCACCAGCAGCAUGGAGGAGUUAUUUCCCAUGUCCUAUCUCUGGGCUCUCUUCCCCCUUUUACCUCCUCCCACUCGGCACAUUUUUGAGUUUUCCUGCCUGUUUGUUUGUGUAUGUUCUCUGUCUCCAUCUUGGCUUCACUGCCUCCUCCUCUGAUCAUUCUUGUCCUCACACACAGGCAAACACACACUGUUUUGUUCUGUCUCUACUUUCUCCCUUUCUCAAACAAACACAAUGUUGUAGUUUGUCUUCUCUUUCAACACUGAUGAGUGGCUCUGACGAAGCAGACAGACUUAUUCAUGGGCUGCUCGUAAACAUGAUCAGUUCUUUCAUCAGGUCAGAUGUCUGCUGCAGCUGUCAGUAGGAACAUGUUUUGUUAAUUAGCCACAGUAUGCGAAGGCCAAAACAUUACAAGCACAAUAAUUAAGAGUGGCAAUUGAGAAAUCUCUUGGGACAUCUUCAACAGUAACUGUGAAUUUCCCACAAUUUUUUUUCUUUUCAUAUCAGUGAAUGCUGACAGUAUUUUUCCUUUGAGGCAGGACACAUUGCGUGAAUUGAAGCCAACUCUGACCUGAUUUUUGAGUCACACAACUGAUUUUGAAGUCGGGCUGAUUUUCAGCUCAAUCAUCUGUUGUUUGCUGUGCAGCAUACAGGAGGACACUAAGUCAACUACAGCCUGACAAGCUGCUCCCAACCAGUCAUUUAACUCUUUAACGCCUGAAACCACAAAUUAUGGCCAGAAAAUUCAAUUAUUUUGGAGCUACAAUGUUUAUUUCACUUACUACUGAAAACCAAAAAAAUCAAAAUGUUCUUAAAAUUUAACAAAUAUUUAUCUCGUUUGAUACAUUAGAUGUUUUUCGAAACUGAUUAACCACAAGAGGACAUUUUUAUUAUUUAUUGGACUGCAUUAAGGUGUUUUGUUAGUAAUUUGUUGAUUGUAUUGAUUUGAUAGAAGUAUCAUAAAAGUAUGUAUCAAUUGAUACAAAAGGCAUUAAAGGGUUAAUUUCUGUUGAAGACUGGUUGUUUGAUUGUAUACUUUAGUACAGUGGCGACAGGUUGUUCUGUUUUGUUUUUCGAGAGAAUUGUGAGUUUCUAAGUCACGUAAUUGUGUGCGAUGCAGAUGUCUAAACAUAUUUAAUCAAUUUUCAUAAUCAUGAUAUCAAUAUCAAUCAAUAAGAUUAUAACUAUGAUUUUUACCAUAAGCAAGCAGACCUUCUAGACAAACUGACUGGGGAUUGAUUUUCUCUCUCAUGUACACGUCUUAGUCAGACUGAAACUGGCCUGAGAAUUCUGUGAAUGUACCACAGUUUGGAAAUUUAACAGGAUAAAUGCGCUCUAGGAAACUGUUAGUGAACAAAAACUCAACAGAAGGAGAAAGGAGGUAUACGCACAUUGCAUGCAGAUGCAUCAAGUGUCUGAAAGCCCACUCUGUGUGGUGUGGACCACUUAAAUACACAGAGAUAUGCACAACAUAUUUACAUUACAUAAAUACCUGAAAGAUGUCAAUCACAUCAAGGUAAAGGUUGAUCAGUAUGUGAUCUGCCACACCUUUAGAGUCUUGAAAAAUGGUCUACUCUGCAAAUGUUUGUUUUUAGUUCAUUUUUGUCACAAUGUUGGCACAUGCUUUGUGAGACCAGCAACUAUGAUGACUUUUACAGUCUGGGUUUAUUAUUUCAAGCUUAAUUUUUAGAGGUAUUAAUACUCCAAUCAGAAUUCAUCUAUUUAAUGCAAGAUGAAAACUAAAUUAAAGAGUUGUCCUCUUUUUGAAUUCAACACAGCCUUUAAAAGGAAAAAAAACAAUUUGACAUGUACCUCAGGUGAUGUUUGCAUGUAAGUUAACACUCUGAAAAUAACUUCCUUGGCUCUCAUAUUGUUUUUCUUCUUAUAAUACCUUCUCUCGUUGCACUCAAACACCAGCCGAGCUCAAACUCCUUUGCGGCCGCAAUUUUAAAGGCCUCUGUGAGAAUCAGGGUGGAUUUCUUUGUGUGUCUGUUAGUGUGCGAUAUCUCUCAGUUUGAUCAGAUACUGUGGAAGUGGAUUAAGAAGUAUUCAAGUGUACCAAGACUUCCCCAGUCAGUCCAGCAUAUUAAACCUGACAGAACAGACUGUUAUUCUUCUCUUCAUCUGCUUCUCAUUCAUGUAGUGAGAGAAUGAAAAAAGGAGGAGAGACAGAGAAAAAAGGAAAAAGGCAGUGAAGUUUGUGUGAUGUCUGUCACCAAACCACGUAGUACAGAAAGGUUCUCAUUUAUGUAUUUGGAUACAUGUGGAUGCCUCAAAAAAAAAAAAAAUUUUUUUGUUAGCCCUCAGGCCCUCCUUUUCAAAAUGACAGCAGAAAAACCCAUCUGAGAGAACAAAAAAUGUACACAGGAGGGGAUAGGGGUUCAAGUUUUUUAAACACAAAGAUGAAGUUGUACUUGAAUAUUUGUAACCUUCAGCCAGGGAUAUUUCAGAUCCAAAUUUCCUUGUCUUUGAAACGGAAACCUUUAAACAAUUUACUUAGACAAAGUUGCCGUAGUAUAUUGAAGAUUGAUUGAUUGAUUUAUAGAAAAAAACAAACUAGCGAACUUGGGAUCACAGAGUCUGUGGGUAAAAUGGUGUGAAAUUGGUUUGUGAAGGGUGUCUAACAGUAGCAGAGCUAGCACCACCAGCCUUUAGUCCUCCUUGUAGGUUAACAUCCACAGUGGUUAUAAAAUACUCUAACAGAGCAAAGCCAUCAUAUAAAUUUAUCUUUAUUUUCUAGAUGCAAAUACUGACAAAUCCUACCAUCUAUCUUCUGUGAUUUCUUAGAUUUAGGUCGUAGAGCUCUGUAGCAUUACAGCAGCCACUAUGAGCCUGGAGCCCAAAGGUUCUUGUCUAAAGGAGCACAUGCUCAGUUCAACCAUAAUCAAACAAAUAAGCAAGAAGAAAUUCAAAAGAAGACAAAAAGAUACACAGGAUUUCUACCGCAUCCGGAAUGGCGGCAAUUUUCGCCGUACACCAAUUCCUACCAGAUUGUGAGGUGAAUUUCGUGGCGGAUUAUGGACAGCAGGAAUCGCGAGAACUCACAAGAACCCGCUGAUUCAUGUGCAGUGUGCAUAACAAGUUGUCUUUAGCCACAUAGGCUAACCAUAUAAGCAGUAGAUUGUGUCCUUCCAGAGGAGGAAAUCUACUCCUAGACUGAAAAAAUCAGCAUUGUCUUAUCCAUGGUGUCAUCAAGACGAAAUGCUGUCUAUAAACAUUUCACUUGUACGUCCCUGCCUGUUUGCAUGGUGUAAAAUACGAUCCACCUGAAACAUGGAGUGUUUUAUUUUGAAAAGAAGCCGGAUGUUUUAUUUAGUGUCUGUGCCCGACUUCCUUUCCAGCACAGGUUAAUCUGUGCUGAAUUUAUCCGGCAUGCUCUGGUGUCUGGAAAUAAAUAGAACUCGGAGUCCAGGGAUCCGCAGUGGAAUGGAGAGAAGCCGGUGGAAAUUGACACAUUGACUUGAAUGGUUACGAUCAGCUACGAUCAGCAGAUCGGCCUUUCCGUAGCCAUUCCAGAGGCAGUGGAAAUUGGGGUUAACAGUUUGGGAAACAUUUAUAACCCUUACUGACAGUCAGCUUAGCCUGUAUAAUCAGAAGCAACACUCUGGGUGAGUUUAAACUCCCUCAUUUCUAAAUCUUCACCAGUGGCUUGCUGGCCAAAUAAUCAGGCAACAUGUUUCAAAGAGUUUCUUUAGGGGUUUUUCCUUCUUUUGGCUUAAGUUCAACAACAUGUCCGGGUCUGAUUUUGCACACACAGGUAAAUUACCCUGGACAGAAUGUGGCAUUGUGUUUUUCCAAGAGUAAAAAAUACUCUGUAUAUCUGACAAACUCAUCAGGAGUCUCCCUGGCGGUUCCACUGUUGUUAGAUGCUGGCAAACCCCACCAGAAGAUUGUAGGUAUUUGUGUCUGUUUUUGUAUAUCUAAAGCAGCUUUUUCUUCUCAUCCCCGGGACAUUUGGAGUUCCCGUCUUGUACUCACAGUGUGAUUUUCCCUCAUUAGUCUUCUUCAUGAACUGUAUCUAUCUGUUGCUUUGAGGUGUACAAACUGAAAUAGGGUCCCGUCUCUCUCUCUGUUUUUCCGCAGGCUGAAUAAACGUGCGUGAAAUUGAACAUUUCUUGUUCUGAUUUGCCGUGAAAUGGUGUGCUUGUGUGGGAUUACAGCGCGUUAGCUUCAGCAUCGGAUAAAAUAGAGCAGGAGGAGAGGAAGUUUGGUCCACCUCCUUCUCCUUCUGCUUUUCCAGUCUAUUAGACAGCCAUAGCCCUGUGCAAUUUGGACAAACUCUGUGGCGAAGACAGAUGCAUAUGGAAACACAAACACACUGUAUUCACAUGCAUGCACACAAGCAUUGAGUUACAAGUGCACGCUCGUACAGAGAGAGGGAGUGUGUACCAAGUGCAGCACAGGAAGGAGGAAGGACAUGAAAGCUAAACAAACAGAGAUCAGUGACAGUGGUGGAAGGCGAGCUGCCAUCAAAUGAAAGAAAAGAGAGGAGGGGAGCAGGAGGGAUGAAGGGUUGAUGGUGAACUGUAUAAUCUAGAGAUUUGUCACUGAGAGCGUAUAACCUGGGUGGGAGAAAGAGAGGAAGGCUGAUGAUUGAAGGUUUGAGAACUGAUGGGAGAUGAAGAGAUGCUGCUGAGUUUUUUUUUUUUUUUGGAGGGACGGGGGCAGGACUGAGGAUGGAGGGGCUUUGGGAGGAUGAACAAGGGAGAUGGUAGAGGACAAAAUCGGCCAGCUGUGCUCCAGACCGGUUGGAGGGAGAAGGAAGAGGAGGAGGAGGAGGAUGUACAGGCAAUAGGUCUGCUCCCUCCUUUUCUCCAUAGCUCUCCUUGUUAACUAUGAACAUCUGGACUUUCUGUCUCUUUUUCUGACUGGUUCCUUAUAUUACACCCCCUGCUAUGCCUCUUCCACUUUUUAUUUUCUUCUUCUUUUCUUCCCAUGCUGUCUCUGAUUUUAUUCCACAUAUUUUCUCCCCGCUCCUGCUAUAUUUACUAUUACUGCUAUUGCUAACACACACUAAAACACAUAUGCCUGAUAUACAGAUGUUGACUCUGACAUAGAAGUCUCUCAAUCAUAUUCCUUUGAUAUGAGCGUAUGCUGUUUUAUAGCUAAAGUCAGCUGCAUUACACACUGUGCUACUAAAGUGUCCAGUUCUCUGCAGGGGAAAUCUACUCCACCUGUCAGAUGCAACAAGAAAGAACAACCUGGGCUCGGGCGCUUGCUGAGACGCAUAAAUUUUAAAAACAAUACAGCAUAAAUCUCAAACCUGAUUUGUUUGAGGAUGAAUCUGUUCAACUUGGCGUUACAUUUUUUGAAUAUCAUCAGGAUGAUGUGAUCUGCAGGUUUGACUCACAGGCACACACACACAGAACCCUCUGCGUAGAUCCAUCUCUUUAAAAGGAGUGAAUUCAGUCGCCUAGAGCAGCUGAUUGUUUUAACACUUUCUCAGUCUGCAUCUGCUUUUUCUCCCAUUUCACAAUUUAUACAAGAGAUUAUUUGAUGUUCUCAUGUUUCUGCUCGAUCUCAGAUGUGGGCCGUACAAAAGACAAAUCAGUCGUAGUGACUAAGUUUGUGAAAUCAGACUGGAGGAGAUAAGAGAGAGGGAGAAAGAAGGAGAGAUAGAGAGGUUGGGUUUUAGUCUUGGGCAGAGUUGGUUUAGUUUUAACGCACAUGGCUCUUUAUAUCUGCUCUUUUUUCAUGCUGGGGACAAGACUGAGCUAAUCUAGUUUGGAUAGAGUCACAAAUAGUGGGACAAAAAUAAAUCUAAAAGUUAAAUGACAGUAUUUAACUCUGACAAAAACUGGAUGGUAAAAUUUGUGUUUAAUUAUUUGAAGGCUGUGAUCUUAUGGGCGACUUUGAGCCUCAAGAAGGACAAGGUUAGAAUGACCAGACCAAAAUGAUUCAGGCACGUCUUUGCAAAAUCUUUCUCUUUCAAACAACUGAAGAGAUCUGAUGGAUGGUGGGUGAAAUCAGCUUCUCUAAACAGAACAGAUCGUAUUAUUAAAAGUUUAAAAACCUCAGUGGUUCAAACAAGAUAUUUUUAUAGACUGUCACAGCUAAAGUGAAGGAUUAACUUUGAUGCACUUUGAAGCAGGUUAACUGAAUGUAAACUUGUGUCAAGAACUAAAAAAAAGAAUAUCCCAGUGUGAGCGAUUGACCAUUGGGUCCUUUUUUUCUCAGUGAGGAUAUCCUAACCUCCAAAGUCUAGACAAUGAUUCAUCCUACAUCUGCAAUAGUUUGCUCACUUGCUUGUUCCCCUCAGGGCACAUCUUUUGGCUGGUUUUAUUUUGCUGUAUAGCUGCCUUACCGACUGUGAUCACACAUUCAUAAAAUGAGUUCAAUUUAACCAAGGAAAAGUUCAUUUUAAAUCCUGUUUACAGUGUUUACAUAAAAAUACUUUUCUUAAUAUUUUAAAGAUUUUUUUAAGAUUAAUUUAAAGUAUUGACUGACCAAAAUAUAUGCUGUUCAUCAGUUAAACUGCCAAUUUAAAGCAGUAUUGGAGCCACAUUAUAUUUUGUAUUAAACAGUAAGAAUUUUUUUUUUUUGAGAUUCAACAUUUUAUACAUAAUUUUUUCAUGAGAAUAAAACCGCAGUAAAAUCUGAAUCGAACUAAAAUCUGAAUCCCUCUGAAAAUUUCUAAAUCUUUGAAAUAAGAAACAGUCUUUAAUGUGACCUGAAAACUUAAUUGUAGACAACAAUGAACAUUUUAAACUUUAUACCAUUCCAAUUUCUUAUUUUCAUUGAGGGGCUAAAAGUUAAUCUAUUAUUUAUUAUUUGGAAAUAUCCCUCGUUUUGCUCUGUUUGGGUCUCUAUCAGUCGUUCAAAAAUAUUUGUGGUAACACUUUAUAAUAACUUUCUGUUAAAACUAGUGAAUAGAUCAUUAGAAAACUGUCAGUGAAUAAGUUAUUAUUGACUUGUUAAAUGUUUGUAACAGUUUAAGGGUUUAUAAUGAUAUCAUUAAUAAACUGUUAGUUAAUGAGUUAUAAAUGACUUGUUAACUGUAUGUUAAUGCUUUAUAACUAUACCUUAUAAAUUAGUAAAAGAUCAUGAACAAGCUAUUUGUAAAUUACUUACUAAUGACUUAUUAACUAUCAGUUAAUAGUUUUUUAUGUUAUUGGGAUGUUACUCUAAGAUUGCAAUUAUUCCUGAUUUAUCAACAGUUAAUAAAUGUUAUAAAGGAUAAAGUUAUAACAGAUAGUUAUUAAAAAGUGUUACUAUAUCUUCUCGCCACUGUUUCCCAUCAAUUCUUUAACUACAUCUUUCUGCCUUUUAUUACACAGCUUUUUAACUAAUCACACAUCUUUGAUAAAUACUUAAUUCUAAUUGGUAAAACAUUAUAACAACAGUAAUUAUGUAUGAAAAGCUCGAGCAACACCAGAGAAAACCAGCCUUAUACCAGUGUCGUAUCUUACCCUGUCAGGACUUUAUUUCCCAUGACCACCUGCUGAGUAAACAUGAUCCUUUACUUUGGUGCUGAGCUGUUUUCUCAAAAAAAGACCACAAACCAUGAGCUCAAAGAAACCAAAACACCAAAAAAAGCAUUGGACCAAAUUCUCUUCAUAAUAAGUGAUACCUUACACCAUUCAAAUAUUCCCCUCAUAUGCAAGCCAACUCUCUAUACUUCUCCCUGCAAUGCUCAGCUGGGGUGUGCGUAUAUAUUUACACACAGACAUAUUUCUGCACAGCAGCUCUGAGCCCUUGAUUAGAGAGAAAACAAAAAUUAGCACAAUUUCCUCCCAUAAUUUGCCCCUUCUCUUUCACACCCAGCACCCACUGCUUGUGGGUUUUCACAGUGAGGACCCAGCUGUGCGCUUUUUAUCUCUGGAUCAAGAGAUACUUUAUUAUUUUCUCUGUUUUCAGGGGGCAGGAAAGCUAGGAUGACUGGUGCAGCAGCAGAACUGCCAAGUCAAACAGCAGGGUUUAUUUGUGGACAAGUGUACCGGGGACACCCACCACCCCAUUCAGAGACUCUUAUUGAGAGGAAAGACUGGGGCGUUGACUACAGUGUUUGUUUGUGGUGCCUGUAAGUACGGUUUUAUUGGGGGAAAGAGGAAAAACAAGAGAAGAAGAGCAAGCAGAAAAAGAGGAUACCAGUGGUGGAAAGACUUCACAACAGGUCCUGUAGGGAAGGACAGAAUAACACGAAAAGCAAAGGGAGGGAUACCUACAAUCAUAAGACCCCCACCCCCUACCUCAGAGAGGAAAUAAGACGGGAUGGAAGGAAGCAGGAGGUGGAAGAAAAGGAGGCUUUCUGUGGAAGCUGGGAGCAGCAGGUCUCUGCCACCGGGAUUGUCCCUCUGGUAGUCCCUGGAUUUCCUAAACUGAGACAGGAGGUAGACCAGGCAGGGUGAGAGACUUAGUGGGAUGGAGAAAGUGAGAGAAAAGGAGACCAUGGAAGGGACAUGGGAAUUGAAAGAAAGGAGAAACAGGAUUUAUUAUGCAGGCGCCGCGUUGAGUGAAAAACAUCUGAAUUUUCCUCCUUUACUUCUGCAAUAUGUGGUUUGUUUACAUGAAUUACUCAAAGAAGAAUGUGGUGUCUGUAAUUAUUAGCAUGUGCUCAAGGGUGGCUGUAUCCGUGUCUGUAUGUGUGUGUGUAUAGUGGGUAUUAACGUGGAUAAAGAUUUGGAAGAAAGCAAGGCUGUGGUUUGCUGCAGCUCAUGCCAAAUGGGAUGAGAUGAAAGUGUUGCUCACCUUCUCACAAGAAAACGAUACACACACAGAGGGGUGCCAAAGGGUCGUAAAACUAUUUCAGCAAUGCCCUGGCUUUGUAGGCUGCAUUUGAAGCAUUUUUAUGCUCGAAUGUUGCCUCGAAAAGCUCUCAACAGGUCCCACAAUCUUUUCUGAGGGAGAAAAAAGAAGGAAGAAAAGUCCUCGGGACCCUGCUGAUAAAACUGUAGGAGACAACAGUGAAGCUAUCCUGUGAGACUGUCCAGACAACUUUGAUGUUGUCUUGUGUGUCACCAUCUGUCCGCUGUAAUGUAUUCAAAGUGCUUUUUCAGAGCGAGCGCGGACUCAAAGGUCAGACAACAGCAGGCUUUUAAAACACCCCCUCCACUCCUAUGUGCACACUCGAGCCUGAAGUCACACUGAGAUAGAGAAGGUUAAAGGAAAAUGGAGCAGAGGUUGUUUUGAGAAGUCAUUACCUGUUAUCUACUGUUGCCUUGAAGGGAAAGAUAAACGCACAAAUUGCUAACCAACCUUUUUGGGGGUUGCUCUUUCUGUAACAGGGACAAGCUAUCACACUGCUCCUAUUCUUAGGCUGCCCUGGAUGUUAUUUCAACUCUCUACCUCCUUCCCUUCAGUCACCUCAGGGUGCUGCAAACUCAAUCCCCUCUCAUCGUCUAGGGGGAGGACGGCUGAGCCCAGAGGAACCCAGCAGUGCGUGUCCCUGGUCAGGGGUCCAGCUCUUCUUUUCCCUGGCGAUGAAACUCAAGUGGCUCUCAGGGAGAUGUUAGCAGUGGAGGGGAAAGCUCCACCCUGAGACUCUGUGUACUGUUUUCUUUAUCAAGGGCCGAUUAAAUGACAAGAGAUAAGAAGAAAGAAAGCGCUGUAUUCCCACUUGGCUUGUACGGUCUGUGUUCAAAGACACAAAGCUUUUAGGAAUCAACUCGUCUGGCUGUGUCUCUCUCUGGUUUUCUUUUUUCACCUCUUCCUCUCUACCUCUCGGUCUAAUCCACUUAUUUCGCCCUUACGCGACAGAUGGCUGUACAACGAUACGUCUGGUUCUGCUCAAGGUUUGUGGCUGUUAUAGUCUUUCCCUAUCGCUGUUGUCUGCCUGAGCUCGGUUUACAUUUGACAGUUUUUCAAAGUACUCAAAUAAAACAAUAUGUGAAGAUUUGGGGAAUAGAUCAUCUUUGGGGAAAAGAGCUUCCAGCUUUCCGACAGAUUUCCUGCUGUGGAGAAAUUCACUAGGAAUUGUUGUGGUUGCUAUAUUUGUCUCAGAGGCCGAUAUCACCAUUAUCUUUUCUAAAUGAAAACAGGUUUCUCUCAUCAUCAGGGACAAUAUCAAAUAUUAUAACGGAGUAUUAGGGCCACAUUAAGGAAAAAAAAAAUCAAGACUUCGCAAUUACUUACGGGAAUAAAAUCGUAAUAAAGUAAUUUCUUACGGGAAUAAAGUUGUAAUAAAAUCAUUACUUUCGAGAAUAAAGUCGUAGAUAAAUCUUUUGGUGUCUCAGCAUCACAUUGUCAGAAAUAUCAGGACAUAUGCAAGAAAUGCAUCUUUUCCGCAGAAAGAACCAGGCAGACUUGUAGGGAAUCGCUAUUUUUGAGGAGGGGGAAAUGGCUGGAAAUGGCUGUGUAGAGGCUAAAUCCCUCAGUGCAGCCAUUUAUAGCAAUAGCAUAUGUCUUUAGUUUAUUGUAUGAAUCUAUUUGUAAUAAGGUGUUGGUGCCUCUGCAGGUGUAGGUUGCUGCCAGUGUUGUGCCAGCAUCAGAAACAGACGUGGUGCUCGUUGGAGCUCGGCUCCCUCUGAAUCGCAAAUGUUGAUCAUCAGUUGGAUUGUUUCUUGAGAAACCAAAAAACCCUCUGAAUAACCCACUGAUACACCCACAGAUAACUCUACAGUCUACCAGUUCCAGCCAUUUGCUCCUCCACAAAAGCAGCUUUAAGACUUCAUUUACUUUACGACUUUAUUCUCAUAAAUAAUUAUUUUAUUGCGACUUAGUUCUCAUAAGAAAUGAUUUUACUACGACUUUAUUCUCGUAAGUAAUUGUAAAGUCUUUUUUUUUUUCUUAAUGUGGCCCUAAUACUCUGUCAUAACAUAUAGCAAAUAUUAACUCACUUUUUUUUUCAUUUUUUCCCAAACAUCAACCUUUUUUUUAUAGCUGAACAGUGAUCUCAAAGUCCUUGUUUGUUGUCUUGAUCACAGACGAGCUUGAGUAUAACAGUCUAACUCAUUGCAAAUACCGCCAGCUCUCAGCAGACAGUAAUAUUCCACUCUAAUUGCACGUGGCUGUUGGUGUUAGUGUUGGUAAUUUAGAAAUGUUGUUUUUUUUUUUUUGCAGUGAGGCUCAUUUGCAUAAAUAGACGGACAUAUUUUGCUCCAAAUAAAUGGGUAAUGGACUCAUUUGAAUGUUUGUAAAUGACACUGAUGCACAGAUGCUAUUUCCUUAAUGACACUGUUUAUGGAGCAUUUAAACUUUUGUAUAUGCUUUGUGAAUAAGACCAUUUCUUUUUGGCUCAUUGGCACAGGUUGAGUGGGCGCAAAAGCUAAACAACUCUUUCCUAAACCAGGCCUGCAGUGUGGAGAUGGAGAUAUUUGUAGGAACAAACUAGCAGAUGUUCUGCCACGCUUUCAUGCACCUGACUGCCUGGUUAUGCCCAAUACCCAUGCCAGGGUCUCUGCCAACACACACACCUAACUCAGUCUCUCCACUAAACAAAUGGAGAGGAGUCACCUCCAUCUGUACAACAUAUGCUCCUCUUUUAAGAACAAGGGUUUAUUUGUCCUCUACCUUUCUUUCACACUUUUAGCUGACCAGCGUUUGUUCUUUGCUUUCUACCUUCCCCUCCAUGCUACCACUCCUCUUUUCCUUUGUUCUUUCUUGCUUUCUUUGUUCUCUGUCUGUUUGCACAACUCCUAAAAACCUCAUAGUUUUUCCGCAGCUCAGAGGGGAGAAGUGAGUCAAAUAAUAAAAAAACAAAUUAAAAACGUACAAAGGGAAAGCGAACAGUGACUGAAGAAACAAUUAACAUUUUGUUUUCCCGAUCUAAUAUUUGGGCUUUUCAUUGUAUAUAUUAAAGUGUGUAUACUUUGAGCAGCCUCCAAAGUUGUUAUUUAAAGUUAAACUGAGUGUAAUAUUUUCUCUUCUUUGCCAGAGUUUGGCCUUCACAGUUUGACACUUCCCUCAGUAAAAUCACAGCCUGGAGCCCUUUAACUCUAUCCACCACUCACAUUCUCCGCUUCAGAUUUAAGGAGGUAUAAUAGAGGAGUGAUGUAGUCCACAAAGUGAGCUCUCUCGGUUCCAGCACCCUGUCAUCGGCACCCACUCAUGCUCAGACCAGUAAAAAUCUUUAAACAAGCUAACACUUUUUCUAGCAAACAGCCAGUAUUUCAUGCACUUCAAGGUCAAUUGCUGGAGUAAGUCUACAUGUUGAUAAAUGACAUUUAGGAAACAUAAAAGAUCUCUGAUUUUUCAUUGGUGUGUGUGUGUGCGUGUGUGUGUCGAUCCCACUCUUACCCCUACCCUUUUUCAGUUUUCCCUCCAACACUCACUAAUGAAUUUUUGGAGAGCUGCUCUCAGAUUGAGGUUCCAAGAGCAUCCAUGCGCCUUGCUCCUUCCAGCUUUGUUCUAAUAAAACUUUUCUUUAAUUACAAUGAGACGUUCGCACGCAUGCCUAAGAUGAGAUGAGAAAAAAGGUUAAAAAGAAAAGAAAAACCUGGAGUAGUAAACGAUGUUGUGAGGAGUGUCAACAGUAGUUUACUCAAAAAAGGGUCUGGCUGCAAAGGAGCCAGCCUGUCAGAGUGAGUGGACCACUUCAGCUUGAGAACACCCACUCUGUCAGUCAACACAUGCGUGCACACACACAAAUACACUCAGAAGUAUGCAUAUGCAUGCAAGCACACAGACGCAUGGAAUGUUUGCAUUUUCCCUCUGCUUCUCCUGCAGUGACUGACACACUCUUUCAUUCGGUCCAGCACAAACUCGGGCGUCAUGGUUACAGCUGCAGAGAUGUUCUCCUCCCAGGAGACGGACAAUAUUGAAAUAACAACUCCCUUAACAACACGUCCAACCACAUCCCUCCCCCCCAUCUUACCAUACAUCGUCUACCCACUCUCCUGUCUGUCAUGUCUGGUGCACUUUGCCAUGCGAGGGGAAACUCCUGGAGCUGGCAGUGCUAUAAACAGCCUGGCAGGUGUGUUUGCUUUGCCAACUCCGUCCCCUGACUCUGCCCAAGGUCUGCUUUGGUGUUUCUCUUGGAAAAACUUUCAAGACAUGGCAGGGUGCCCUGUAGGUCAAGGACCAGGAGCAGUAGCAAAUAACUGGCACAGACUCAGCACCUGCAGAGACAGAGUUAGCCACCUCAGCUAGUUAUCUAGGAGUAGGUAUUAGUGUUCCUAAGCUUGGCAUCACGCCUUAAUUUGACCUCAAGUUUAGAGCAAUAAAAGAACAUCAUGUGAGAUCUAAAUGGAAACUGAAGUGAGGCACAAUUACGGCUGUUAAGUCCUAGUCGACUGGUCUACCUAUUGAGCGAUAUAUGCUGAGUCAACCUUGAUGUUUUUCGACGUCAAUUUACAGUCUAUGGUUAAUUUCAUCAGGAGGAACGUACCAAGUGCUGAUGGGGGGUGUUUCAGAACACUCCCCCUUUAUUUUUCACCAUUUUAGAUUCGAGCCACCCACUAGAGAUCGGCUGGAGACAGGAAGAUUGAAGAGCAUCCACGUUAAUCAACCUCCGGUGGUUUGCUGAAUAUUUAUGUUUUAGCUUUUUGUGUUUAAUUUCCUUCUUGUGCUGAUAUCAGUAUAUUUUCACCCCGCCGAGCCGCGUCAUCCCCUGCCCCAGAAGGGUUCGCCGUCAGAGUCUGACCCUCCCCCCAAUUAGUUGAUUUUUGGUCGAAAAUUUUAGGGUUUUAGUCCACCAAGAAUUUUUUUGGUUGAGCCCUUUAUUACUUUAACAGCAAGGGGGCCUCUGAGUUUGGGAAGUCUGGUGUUGCAUUAUGGGCUGAGAAAAGCUUGCAAGUCUUAUUAUUUUCAGGGCUGAAACGGUCACAGGUUUUGGUCUAGACCCAUUCCUGGAUUACGCACCUUUGGCAUGGAGACAGCAUGGCGCUAAGCAUGGCAGAAAAUAUGCUCGAUGAAACAUGUCAAAAAGCAUAAAAAGAUUAAACUCUUAGUAGCACUGGAGGAGGAAGAGUUUGGACUCUGGCGCUGACAGACUAAAAAAAGAAAGACUCUUUUAAAGUUACGUGCAGAAAGAAAGGCGGAAAGAAAGAAAAUAGGACAAUGAGACAGUGGUUCAUCAGUUGUCUCAUUGCAUUAUGACCAAAAGCCAAAAUGAGUCCACAAGAAUUCAAAGCAAACACAAUGACCUCAGAGAGAGAGAGAGUGGGAAAGAGAAAGAGAGAGAGGGAGUCACAAGGUUGAGCUUAGAGCUUGGGUGUGAUUACCCCAGUGGAAAGGUUACCUGCAGUUGAAACAUUCAAUAUGCACGAUACGGGUAUAAAUGAUUGCAAAAACAUAGCUUAAUUGCUUGAGUUACGACCUAGACUUCUGACACGGGGCUCAAUCAGUUGCGCAGCUGUAUCGGCCUUAAGCUGCUCCACAAAUCAUCAGGGCCUGGAUGCUGACGCUUUCCCUGCAGGAUUUUCCGAAGCCCUAGUCAGGUUUCUUGAUAAUUAGGAUCACAGAAGUGGAUAAGUCGGGUGUGGUUUAAAAUCGUCAUGAGCUGAGUCACUGGUUGUAAUCAAGUCAGCUGGUAUGUGCUUUGUGAAGAAUGAAGAAGUGUGUGAAAUCUGUGAUACACUGAGAGAAAAGUGAAACUCUGGUCCCUGUAAGAGAGGAUAACUGUGACUGACAGCUCAGUCCCAGUUGUCAGGCCAGUCAGAGGUAGCCCAGGAUUGUAGAAGGCGGGAGCUGGUAAGGUUAACCCCUGGUGUCUUGGACAGCUGUGGAGUUCUCGGGCUGGCUGGAGGCUGGCGGCUAUAAAUUCUCUCUUAAGAGGGUUUACUCGAUUUUAAUGGGUGCUGUAAAUUUGCGGCACCCUGGCCUGGUGAAAGAGAAAGAAGUGGGGUUUUUUUAAUGAAAGAAAAAGAGGGUCUCCUUCUCUCUUUCUCUCACUUCAGCUCUCACUUUCUUCCAAUGUUUUUUCCCUUCCUUCUGUAAAAUGUCCAUGGAGUUUUGCCAUGUAUUUUGUGGUCUGCAUUUACCUGUAGUCAGCCUGUAUGGAAAAUGUAUGAAAAUAUCCGGGAAGACAUAAAAACUCUGUGAAAGAACUUAAAUUUCACAGACACAGAAUAACAACUUUAUUGUAUAUCUAAGUCACAGUUUUGAAACAUCAUCAGUGGCAACGGCGGCACAAUUUCUCUCUCUUUUUGUGAGAGAAAUUCCUCUUGUGCACAGAGCAGAGGGAAAGUAAGCUUACGGAUGCAUAACUAACAGCACCCUUCCUGUUUUGCUGUCUCUCUCUCUCUCUCUAUCCCUGCAGGUGUUGUUUGCUCUGAACCAAACGCUGCUGCAGCACGAGGGUGUUCGAGCAGGUAGCCUGCAGGGCUCCUACACCACCGAGGACCUCAUUACCCACUACAACUGUGGUGACCUCAGCUCCAUCAUCUUCAACCAUGACACUUCACAGGUAAGUCUCAUCAUUUAGAUUUCAGAUAACUAACUUGCGGAAAUGUUUCUUCAAGAGGUGGCUGGAGGCUAUUUAUGCAAGUUCCUGCAGGUUGAUAUGGACCUGCUACAAGACAUCAGUCAAUAAGUAACAAAAACAAUCUAUGUGAAACAGAAACCACAAAAACAUAUUGGUAACACUUUACUUGAUGCCCAUCUCUGUAACACAUUAUAAAUAUAUGUAUAAUGUGUUAUGAUCACAUUAUAACACUAUAUAACUAUAGUUAUAAACACUCAUAAAUGAUCAUAAUGCUUUAUAGCAAUAAUUAUAACACAUUAAGAAGCAUUUUAUCAUGACUUACAAGGUCAGGUAUUAUAAUGUGUUUUAACUGUUAAUAACUCACUGACAAUGCCCACAUAGAUAAUUCAUUAUACAUGUAUUUAUGAUGUGUUAUAAUUUGCUUAUAAACUUGUAUAACUAUCAUUAUAAACACUCAUUAAUUAUCAUAAGGGUUUAUAACAAUAAGCACAACACAUUAUAAUACCUGACCUUGUAAGUCAUGAUUAAAUCUUUUACAAUGUGUUAUGAUUAUUGCUAUAAAGCAUUAUGAUCACUUAUGAGUGUUUAUAACUAUAGUUAUACAGUGCUAUAACAUGAUCAUAACGCAAUAUACAUAAUGCGUUAUAGAGAUAGGCGUUGAGUAAAGUGUUACCAACAUAUUAUUCUAAAAUGUUAUAAUGCCAUGCGAUGCACACAAAAUACCAGCAACUUGCAGUCUUAUUCAAAAAACAUCUGCACAAGUAUUCAAGAGCCCAAAUCUGUCAGACCCUCGAUCUGAGUUGGCAAACCUCUCAUACCCACUUCUCUGCCAUUAUGCCAUCGUCACCUCAAACUUUCAGGCCUGCACAUCAAUUCCCUCAAACUGCUCAUUGCCACCCUAAUCCCUCUCAACUUCUAGUUACUUGAUAGUCUGACACUUUAAUAGCUCUGGACUCUGCCGUAAAUACACCAUCUGACCUCCCCUAACUCUAAGUUUCCUAACAUAGCCUCUGCUCCUUCAGUGAUGGCCUCCUCAUCAAUCAUGCUAUUCUGCGAAAAAGUACACACACAUGUAAAGCAGUGAGCAGAAGCUCUCUCUCCUCUCCUCCUUCAUGAACUCUUCAUCACUCAAAAGCCCUCCUCAUGAGUCAAUUACGCUGUGUCAACCUCCCUCACUGAUCAUCAAGUGUCAUUAAUCCCAACACACCACAUAACUUCAACUCACUGCUCAACUGCAGAGAUUCCCCAUCGUUUACACUGGGACACACAAAGUAAGAAAGUAUGCACAACUUCAGACACAUCACACCUCAGGUCACAUGUAUCCCCCUUUUUUUCUCCCUCUGUGUCUGUUUUUCUGUCUGGGGGCCAUGAAGAGCUUGUUAGCCACACUUUACAUGUAGUCUUUGCUACAGUUGUACCCAGUAUAAGUGUUUGAAAUCAUACCAGUUCGCCCCUGCUCCUUGUGUCAUAAUAACAUGUAUUAACAUUCCCCAGCACAUGCUAGAGCAAUCAAACACCUGACUGCACUCGUUGCUUCAACCGCCUGCUGAUCACUGGCGAGUCUGUGAGUGAACUCCCAGAGCUAUAAAAGAGCAGGUGUUUUUUUGAUAGAUAGGACCAAGUCCAGAGGCUCCAGUGCUCUCACAGUUUACUCUUUUCGGCACCAGAAGGUUGACCAAAGGGGAUUCCAAAGCAGAGCACAGCAGGACAACGCAGAAGAACUCGUCCCAAAAUACCCGUGUGAAAUGUCCAUGUGCUGGGCAUCGACCACAAGGACCCACAGUGCCGUUUACCCAGUGUGAAAUAACUGGCUAGGUUGAACUUCCACACGAUACCAGUCAAAGCCUCUCAGCCAGAGCCUGCUCUGAUGAGCUAUCCAUAACCGAGGAUAUUCAAGGUCAUUAACCUUUUUCAGCGCAGUAACUUCAGUAGUUCUCAGAAAUGGAUGUUGGAGGUGAUGACCUCAUUUUUCUUGACAUUUAACCUGAGACUAACAAAAGAAGUCAACGUGGAAGAUCACUCCCUUAACUCCUCUCUGACUUACUGCUUCCCAUUUAAUCAUGUAAGACUCUGGUGUCUCCUAAAUUAAAAUCCCCUUUCAGUUUGAUCCAUCAGUGAACCUUUUUUUCUAUCUUUGCCACCUUUGCAGGGUCAUUUUUGAUGUGUCAUAUUUUCACCAACCUUAGGCUGUUAUUGAUAACAGUCUUGGGGUGGAAAACAAGCUGUUAAUAUUGAAUUUAUACGUAACUUUCCUUUUUUUGGUUGGGUAAAUUCUAACCUAAAUACUUGACUUUUUUUUACAUUAAAUAUGACACAAUUAUACAACUACAUUACUUCUUACAUGUCAAAAUAUCAGUGCAUGAAAAUGACCAAAUGGAAACAUACUAAAAAUGAAAAAUAUUGAAAAAGAAACAUGAGAAAAAAGGUGACUUGAAGGCGUCUGGUCAUGGAAAGUGAGUGGAAGGCAAAACCAGUAGUGAGUUAGGGAGAAACUAUCUUCCUGUCAAUCCAAGUUUCCUGUGUAGGUUUGGAUAAAGAGCAGCUAAUGGUCGUCCCUGUGAUAACUUAUCUGUUACACUCCCACUCUGACCCCUCUCCAACCCAACUCUUUCUCUCUCAUCAUAAAACACUCACGCUAUCCCUCACUCAUCACCCUUAUGAUGAAAUGCUCUCCCUCCACCUCUCUGUCUUUUUAACGUAGUCAUCCAACUCUCAUUCUUUUGACUACUGAAUCAUGGACCCCCGUCAGUCCAGAUGAAACUAGUUCAUUGACCCUGAAAAACAUAAAGACUCUACAAGAGUUCAAGAAACAGAUGUCUUCAUGAAUUUAGCUUUUGUUCCACUCUGAAGGAACUGCGAAUGAAAAUAGGUAGGCUGAUUUGGCUUGGGUGAAUGAUUUUGCUUAUACCAUACAAACCUUUUUGAAAGAUUUGAUCAGGUCUUGAAUUGAACAGUGUUUGUAUUGCUGGAAACUGAGAAAGUUAGAUUUUGUUUUUUUGCAUGCCAAGUCAGUGCUGGUGACUACUAGAUUUACAUAAAGCUCAUUUAUGGUUUAUUAUAAUACCUGACCUUGUAAGUCAUGAUAAAAUGCUUUAUAAUGUGUUAUGAUUAUUACUAUGAAGCAUUAUGAUCAUUUAUGAGUGUUUAUAACUAUAGUAAUACAGUGCUAUAACGUGAUUUUAGCGUAUUAUACAUGUAUUUAUGGUGCAUUAUAGAGAUAGGCAUCAAAUCAAUUGUAACUCAAAAGGGUGGUUUAUACAUUUAAAGCCAUAAUAUGAGUCAGUACACAUGCAGAAAAAGCGCAAAUAUAUGAAAUGAACUUAUGAGUAUUGGAUGUAGAGUGUUAGCAAAUCACUUUUCUUCACUCAGCCCCUGAUAAAGUCUUAAGCCGCGUUCAGACCAAACGCAACCUCAGCGACGUGAGCAACGACUCCCAAUGCAAAGUCUAUGGACAGCCGCGACCUGGCGACCUGCCGCCAGCGACGCGACGUCAGCGACCUCGCGCAUGGUCACUGAUGUUGCGUCGCCCAAGGUCGUGUCGCUCCCAAAGUUCAAAUAUUUGAACUUCGACUUUCCACGACUCCGUGCCGUGACAGCCAAUCAGGGCUCUGCUGACAUCGACAAACCGGCAAAGCAAGGAGGAGAAGAAGAUUCAUACAAUGGAGGAGCAGCUAAUCACUGCCGUUAGCUACCACCCAGUGCUGUAUGACGUGGGGUGCGGGUUCUACCGGGAACAACCUUUGCACAACCUUUUCCCCCCUGUGUGUGGCACUUAUAACAACAAUGCAUAGUGAUGUGUUCAGUCAGUGGAUCAUCGCUUGAUAAACAUCACAAAUUAAACAAAUGCAUUUCCAUUAUAGCAGUGGAGGGGGUGAGAGAACAUGAGUUAGCUACAAAUUUUGGUUUGAAGCUGGAGGUUGGAGAGACGCACCUUGUUCACAUAAAUCCCCCUAUAUACUCCGUACUCAGACACUAUACAAAGCACACAGCUUUUCAAACUGAUUUAUGCACCACUUGUCAGUGUUUUACAACUGUGUCAAACUGUAGCUCAUAUUUAGGCAUCAUCUGUCUUGAUCUACGCAGGAGUUUUUGUAGCUCUAGAAAUAAGCUCAGAUUGAACACGUCUGCAAACAUGUAAAAAAGAAUAAAAGACACGAUCACACAUCAGCAUUAAUAUCCAAGUCAGUCUUUCUCUAGUCCAUCUUUCCUUUAGUUUGUUCUGACUUAGUUUCUGACUUGUAUUUGAAAGGGAUCUUUGCUUUGGAAACCUGAGACUCCAAAAAAAAUUUCUGCAAGUAUUUAUGUUAUGAUGUCAGGGUGCAAUUAACUACAUUGGGUCAAAAACGUCAUUUUUGAUGGUAAUCCCGCCAAUGAGUUUUCAGCUUCAUUGACUAUUUCAAUAUAAUGAACGAAACUUUUCUCUUAAAUAUGUUCAGCCUAGGAAAAACAACACAUGGGAAAUAGUUUUGGCAUUGGGAUAGUACAAACAGUCCUGAGUUAAGAGUAGACAUAUUUAUUACUGGCAGCAAAUAGUGUGCCAGGGAGAUGAAACAGGCCAAAUCAGCAUACUGGUGUAAUGGGAUUUUACCCAUCUCCAAUAUUUUACUUUUUUUCCUGCAUCUAAAUCAAGAGUAAGAGCCAGAAAAGUCAACUGCAGGUACAGAAAUACUCUGAAAAGCAGGGAAUACACUAAAGGAAUAUAAAUUUUGACUGCAUGUGUAAAGGUGCGUGUUUGUUGGACAGGGAAGACCCCUGUGCCAAAGCCAGGCUACCCCACAGCCACCCCCCUUGCUCAUCCUUCCAGAUUAACAGCCUGUUGAAUCUUCUCAAGGAGCCAAGAGUGGAGCUGAGCCAGCGUGUUCUGUCUCUUAAUAAAUCAUAAGGCAAUUAAACACACAUUCACACAAUAACACCGGUGGAUAAACUGAACUCGUACAUGCACUGGAGCCCUUGUCUUGCACCUACUUAGGCACGCACACACACAAAUACACCCGUGGCACGUCAUUCUCCACUCUGCGUUCAUUUCAAAGCUUAGGUCCUUUUCUAUGAGGCUGUCACGUCACAAACACUCCCGGUUGCCAAGUCUCACACACAUUCAUCAGUUUGUCACCAACAUCCCCGUUUAGUCCUCCUCUUUCAUCUUUUUUUUCCUCUCUGUUUCUUUAAAGCCAGCACUUUCUUCCUGUAUUUGAUGUAUGCUUAAAAUAAAUCAUCAAUGUUUUAUUCAUCCGUUUAAACUGAACCCCAAAGGUUUUUAAAGCCUAAUUUUCUGUCCUCCUUUCCCCCUUUCAGCUGCCCCACUUCAUCAACAGCUCCCUGCCAGCUCACGACCGCACGACAGCGCUGCAGAUUGACAGCUACUUCCGCCAAGAGCUCAUAUACAAACGCAAUGAGCGCAUGGCUCGCCGUGUGUCAGCUUUGCUUCAGAGAAACCCGAACCAGACGUACUUUUUCGCUUUUGGCGCAGGUAAGAACUCUCAGAUACUUCGUGGUGAUAUUUAGGUUCAAUUUCUCCUCCCUCAGCCACAGCAGUUGACCUUUGGCCUGCUGGUUAGGAGAUGUCUCUCCAAACUGCAUACCAGAAAAUAAUGAGAAUCCAUCAUGGCAGCAAGAACAAACUGAAUCUCUAUUUAGCUUUGAAUUGUCUGUUUUUAAAAAGUCUGAUUGAAGCUGAGAGGGUGUGUUUACAUGCAAUUGUGAAGCAAAAGAGAUAUCAGCUUCGCUUUGGUCUAAAACACUCUUGCUGUCAACGCAAACGUAUGUUUACGGCGAACAAUUUGCUCUUGAUCACAUUUGGAGGCAAAAAUGCGAGAGAAAAGGACAAUUAUGGCACACAAUGAUUCCCAGACCUCUGGUAUGAAAAAAGCUGUAUGUAAACAUGCGAAUGGAGGCAAACACACACACACACACACACGCACACAAACACACACACACAGAAGUCUCAAUUACAGCCAGCUCCAACCUCAGAAAUGAAGAAACCAUGAACUGUUUGUUUCAAUUAGCAUUCCUAGCUAAUGCUGCUAAUGUUUCCUGAAUGGUGCAGUGUAUCCUGAGGGAAGCGUGCGAGUGUGUUGAGUGAGUGUGUGUGUCAACAAACCCAUGCAUGUGAGUGUGUUUGCCCACAAAAAGCAGGUGGUGGGUGGGUUUCUGUGUGUCUGUUUAUUGUAUGACUGCAAAACUGUGUUCUUGUGAAUCUGAGGGGUGGUACCGCCUCAGGGGUGUGUGUUUAUAUGAGUGCGUGUGCAUGCAUAUGUGUGUGUGUGUGUGUGAGAGAGAGAGAGCGUACAAGUAUGUGUUACAGUGUAUAAUGAAAACAGAAUGCCACGGUCCUUCCUCUGGGCUCCCUCUGCUCCUUUUGCUUUUGGACAAGGCUUUUGUUACACCGUCUUAUUGCUAAGUGUAUGUCAGCAGGGAAUGCACAAGCACAAACACACACUCAAGCAUACACAAACAGUGAUCAGAGCAUUACAGAAUUUUUGUAACUGUACAUAAUCAAGGAUGUUGCUCUGAAGUGUAUGUUGGCGUAUUACUAUGCAGAUGAUAAUAUGUUCUAUUUAUCAGUAUCUUUAUUUAUCCUGUGUAAAAACAUCAAGCCAAAAAGUUCCUGCUGUGGAGAAUAUCCCAUUUCCUGGAGUGGCUGUCCAACUACGUAAAAAGGCCAAACUAAAAACAUAAGCAUCCUCUCAUCUUAGUACAGCCAUACUCAAAUGUAGUGAAAAAACACAUCAAUCUUUUGCUUUUUUAGUGGCAUGUUGUAUAUUCAGUUGAUCAGAUAUUGUGACCUUUGUUUUGUAAAAUACUGACUAUCACAGUUUUACUGUUUCAUGAAAUUAUAAUUAACUGAAGUCAAGUAUUGUGUUGUAUUGCAGGUCACCCGGCAAUUCCCACCUCCCAAACUAGAGCUGUGAAAAAAUAAAUAUAUAAAUAAAAAGAGCAGAGCAAACUGAGAGGACACAGUUGCAAAUCUUAGCAAGAUAGAAUAAAAUGUGAAAAUAGGAUAAUAAGAAAAAAGAACAUGAACUAGAAAAGAUUACAGAAAAAAACAAAUAUAAGAUAAUAAUAUAAGAUAUAACAGAAUGAAGGAAACAACAUUGAGUUAAAAGCCAGAGUAAAAAAGCAGGUCUUGAGUUCGCUAUGGUUUGAAUGUUGACAAAGGCAGUGCUGUGAAUAAAUUUGUGAUCGUGUCUUAUUUACGAAGUGACAUUUGGAGAAACAGAAGGUAUGUAACAGUUUAUUUACCUGCAAACAGUCAUUUGCCUUGUGCUUGUCAUUUAAGACCAUAAAUCAGCCAAGAGGGACUCAAGUCUUGCCCGAUGAAAAGGAUACACUUUACUAUCGAAAGCAGCCUUGUGUUUUUAAGUUGCCCUCUGUUUAAUGUUAACCUGUCAGUAUGUUAGUAGAAUAUUAUCUCUCCUGUGUGUCAACCUUGUCUGGAUAAACUGUGGGUGAACAUGUGUCAGGUGACCACCAGGUUGUGAGUAAACAAACUGACAGCUAGUGUGAAGUGAUAAGAACCAUGAGAGUAAAAACCUGCUGGUUGCACAAUCACAUGCUUAUGCUCCGGUUCAUACAGCAUUUGUGCACACGUAUGUACACUUGAAGGAAUGCAAAACACAACAACUCAGUCUAGGUAGCUUGACACGAAUAUGGGUCAGAUUUUAUGUUCUUUGGGGUGCAGAGAAUUAUUCAAAAAUGUAUUUUUCGUCAGAGAAAUCUUCGAGCAAAGUAAUCAAUAAUUGGAACUGAUGAGUUUAGUGUCUUAAAUGGCAAAGUUAUAGGAGAUAAAUCUAAACCCUAGAAAACGUGACUUUAGUAUCAGAAAUAGCUCAGUGGAAAUAAAGCUGGACUUUAAUGCCACAGUUCUGUAACUAAUCUAUUGCGGGUCGGUUAAAAUUCAAGUUAUUCAAACUAAAUACUUUUCUCAGUGUGUCAACCAAAAACAAAAUGCAAAAGGCUUACCAAAUCAGCCUUUUUAAAGUCUCUCUCUUGCUUUAAUCACAAAGCUUCCUUUCUCUGGUCUAUUAUUUCCAUCUUUUAAACGCUGACUCAUGAUUUUACAGUCCUGUAACUGUCCCUGCCGGUUCCAGUUUCCCAUCGGCCGUAACCAGCCAUGAAAUUUUUAUCAUCCAAUGAUGCCAGGAUGUAUUAAGUGACGGCCUGGACCAGCAGAAAUCUCUCUGUGUACUUUAGCAUAUUACAGAAAUUAUGGUGGAAGUGGUCAGGCUUGCUUUGGAAAAGGAUUUUUAGCUUUUAGUCUGAUUACAAUCUCACUGCAAACCAUACUUUGAGUAAUGAAGAGAGAAGGCGAUAAAGGUGUGAGAGUUAGGAUUGUCCAGAUAUCUCUGAGAAUAAAUUCAGCCUUCGAGGAACGUAAAACAGGCGUUUUCAGAACAGCUGUGGGUGUAUAAUAAUGUGAUCACAUAAAAUCCAAUCUUUAUGGUGAGAUCUCAAAAAUCACAUUAAUAUGACGUGUAUAACUGCAGGCCAUGUGCUCAUAGCUCCACACAUACUCGUGGGUUGUAAAAUGGAAUAACCAGGGACUUGUGAUGGUCUUGGCACAGUUAACGCAAAAAGGCCUGUUAUGAUCCUCAGUUUGUGUGUGUAUUUAUCACAGUGUCAAGUGGUUGUCUCUGUGUUGAUCAGGUUACAGACUUACCCUGCAAAAGAUAAAUAUUACCAUUUAGCUGCCCUUAUCCUAGACCCCCUCAGAUCAGGCCUUAACAACGUUCAGGAUACAGAAUCAAAGCAGAGCUGUCUGGAAAAAGUCAGGGCAGUGCUCAGGUCAAAGCCCUCUGGAGUUACUGAUGUUGUAGUCCAGAUCCAGUUUUUUUUUUUUUUUCACAUGGUGAUUAAAGUGUACAGCAUGUUUUUAAAAGUGGUUUCAGCAGGAAAUCCAUUCCUGCCCAGCUCAGCACCUCACUUCCCAGCCUCCCCUUUUCCUCUUCUGUACACCUACACCUUCCUGUAAGGCAAGUGCUUUUAUUUCUACGAUAUAUGUCUGAGCACUUCCCUGAGUAGUUUCUUUCUCUUUUCCUUUGCUCUUCUACAGUUGUUACAGACGUUCUUUGUUUUCUUCACAUUCACAAACAAGUUAUUAAUAGAAACCGCGGGGGUAAAAUGGCUCUCGCAAACACUACUUAAUAAUCCUCGGCCGUAUAAGAUACUGAGCAACAUAGCACAGGUUGGAUCUUGGCCAUGGUUUUAUGAUAGCCGUGUCUCAGAGAGGCAACCCUGUUAAACUGGGAGGUUUUCCUGGGCUCAGUAAUUCAGAAUAGUCUAUAUUAUGUGGAGCUUAAAGAGGGGGUUAUUAUACGUUUUUUUUUUCCAGACUCUAUAUUAUUCCUCACUGAUACCUCUUUAACAGCUUUACAUGAUUGUCUGAUCAAAAAAGCCUCAUGUUUCCCACUCUGAUGUAUUCGAACAACCUUAUUUUAGUCUCCAUCUGAAAUGCCUCGUUUGAGCUGCUGUCUCUUUACCUCUUUUGCAAUGGUGUCAUAAGUUUAGUGAGUCUCGCUAUGUACCGUUCUGAGCAGUUUACAUUUAUUUUUUUAGAUUAUGUCAAACAUUUGUUUACCUCAUGAUUUGAAAGUUUACAUAUGUCUAGUAUGGACACCAAACAUUGUAACUUUGUACUUUUUGUUGUAAAUGUGGAAAAGCAUAAUAUCAGAAGUAAUCACUGGUUUGUUUAUCCUGAUAACUUUUACUCUAUCAAAAAUCCAAAUCCAAAUGUAUCAUUAUUACAAAAAAACAUAUUUAAUUUGAUAUAAAUAACACAUAGUAUGAAAUACAUGAAAAUUAAAUUAUUUGUAUAAUCGAAUAUAUGAUACAAUUUUGCAUUAUUUUCAAACACAGUUUAUAAAAGACUUCUCUUGCUGCAAAGAAUGGUGUUGUUAUUUUCAUAGUUAUGUAUUAUGUUAAAUUUGUUGUCUCUUCUUAUAACUGUCAACUUAAGCAGCUGAUCUGACACUGUCAGCUGCAUGCAGAUGUGUAUAAGGCUGCUUGGCUUCAUACUACAUAGUGCUGAAUGAAGAGGCUGUCUGAAGUCAAAGAUGCAAUGAAAAUGUUCUUGUAGACAGGCUGCAGUAAAACUGAAAUGUUUUAUGUAUUUGUUGUAUGAAGCUGAAACUCUGACUGGCUUCUCUACACAGGAGCCAAGUUUCAUCUCUUGUACACAGUACACUGAUAAGUUCAUCAUAAAAUACCACUUUAAAAAACACAAAACAUCCAUGAGGCUCCAGUUGAAUGUCAAGUCUUAUCUGUUCAGUAAUCUAGAUUUGUUUAUGAUUUAAUUAGGGUGACCAUACGUCCUCCUUUACCUGGACAUGUCCUCUUUUUGGGGGGGCUGACUGGGGCCUUGUCUGGAAGAGUUUAUAAAAUCCUUCAAAUGUCUGGGGUUUUGUAUGGAAGUUUUGCGCUAGUGUCGCGUGGACUUUCUGAGUUAGAAGUGCAUAAAAAACACUCGAUCUGACCCAGAAAACUCUUAAAAGUAACUACGCGCAACUCUGUGUCCUCUUUUUGGGGAUUCAGAAUAUGGUCACCCUAGAUUUAAUCACAAAUAUCUGAUUUUGGUUCUACUUCUGUCAUUCCUCUGUACUGCAACAGAAUCAGUUUAAAAAGAGAGACUCUUAAAUUAACACCAUGACUGACUGUAGGUACUGUCAGCCUUUAGCAAAUACAGACAGGGAAAUGAAAGUGACAACACAGUCUGGAUAAGCAGUUAGCUUGGAAGAAAGCUAACAGCUAAAGGCAUAUUAGGUAGCAAUUAUAAGUAUUAUUUUUUACUGCUGACUGUCAACAACUUGCCAGCCAUAACAACUUUUUAUGGGGGUGACUAAAAGCUGUCAGCCUAAUGUUUAAUCUCACAAAAUAAGCACAUGCUGUCUUGGUAAGUCAUGUCUGUAUAACAAGCAGCCAGUAAGCUAGCUCAGCACAAAAAAACAGACACAACUAAAAAUGUCAGUUUCUUUCUGGUCAUAAUGAAGUCACUUAACAAGUAUAUUUUAAAACUGCUUUCUUAUCCCUUCAGAUUUUCCGUCUUCACUCUCUUUGUCUCCUCACAGUCGCUCACUCUGCUCUGCGGUCACUGCUGUUUACUAUUACUAUCAGCAUUAUGCAACAGGAAUCAUGGGCACCUAUCGUAGCCUGACGUAAGCAUCAGAUGCGAGGCCAAGUGAGCGCAUCACUGUUUCCCCUAGGACUGAGUGACACAGCAGUGCCAGAUGAAAGCAGCACGCUUGCAGACAUGUUGGACACACAUCGGACACUUGUUCUGUUGCUAUUGUAAACAGAUACAAGCCUGGAUUCACUUUUUUCCAUCACUCGCACAACAAAAAAUGCUUCUCUAGCCACUCUCUUUCUCGAGAUCACAUGCAGAAAAUAAACAUACCCUGUCAAUUUUAUUCAUAAGUACACACAGGGGAGGGAGGAGAGGAGCGCUGCGAGGGUAGGCAGUGUUUUGUUGGAGCUCCAUGGUGUGCCUCAGCAGGUUUUCAUUUGUCAGUUCCCUGGCUGCUGCUGCCCAAGCUUAUUGAAAACAUCCCAUGGAAUUUCCUGACGCUGCCACGGCCUAGACACAGCCACUUUGCAGACGUACACACUCACACGUGUCUCUGUGUAUGUUUGCAACAUAAAGUCAUAUAAUCUGCUGAGAUAUUUAUCACCAAAAAGAGUAGUUACUGUCAAAAAUACACAUGUAGUAUUGUUUGUUUUGAAGUCUAAGCCACUUUGGACUCAUCUUCUGAGAGUCGAAUUUUGCUCGUAUGUUUGGCUCAUAAUAGCCCAUUGUGCAGGCGGAGCAGGCCCAUAUGUUUUGCAGUCGCUUGUGGUGUUGUGGUGUCGAAGUGAUGAUUGAGGGAGAGAGCAAGCUUGGCGUGCAUGUGACUCUGUCUCCGUGGCUCUUCUUCUCGUGGUGCAUAUCUGCUUUACUCAGCUCUUUGUUUUUCUACUGUCUGUCCUCCUGUUGUUGCCUCCAGUUCAGUCCGUCUUUGGCUCUUAUUUUAUCUCGAUACUUGUCUCUCCGUCUUGUCUGACACUUUAUCCGUCUUAAGCUGCUAUCUUUCUGCUCUGUCCUAUCUCUUCUUUCCAUCAACUGCUGUCUCCACUUUAUUAAACUGACGCCAUCCCUCAGUGCUGGCUCUUCUGCCUUGCGUUGCCUCGUCUGCAUAGUGCAAGAGAAUGUUAUGAAGGGCUACAGCCUAGGUAUGACAGACAGACAGAUAAAUAGACAGAUAGCCUAUCGUUGAUGCUUUCCUGCAGACACUUUGGGAUUACACGUUUGUUUUGUUUUCUAACAGGAAAGCAGUUUGGCCUUCACACAGUAGUUCGCUGCAGGGUAACAGAGCUUGUGCGUCACCAAAUAAAGCGUAAUGCUCUUGUUCAAUACAAGACGUGCUGCAGGGCCACGUUUUCCUUCCUCUCUUAAAGCCCACUAGAGUUAGAAAAAAUGAUACCAGGAGAACUGAACCCCUCUGAUCUCCCUACAAAUGCAUGCUUACUUUGGUCAUCAUUUAUUUAAAUAAAAGAAGAACUGCAUACGUUUCUUGAAAAUAUCCUUGUAAAGUUAUUACAAACAGUAGCAGAUACUGUGUGAAUCUCUUAUCUUACAAACCACUCUGUUUUUAAAAUACUAGAUUCUGGUCAAAACUCUUAAAAAUUUGCAUGAAUUCGGAAGUGAAAAGGCGAGGCAAAUGAAACACUUUUCACACACGCCACACAUAUGAAUUAAAUUCGCACAUGCAGUGUACUACCAUAGACCACCACUUUUAGAUUGAUGGUUAAUGGCUUACUAGUCACCAACAGUUAAUGAAGUCAAGAGGCAGUAAAAGAGAGCAGAAAAUUACAAGGGAAAUUAAAGAAGACUGUAGAGGUAGAAUAGUUGUUUUUUUGUUUUUUUGUUUUUUUUUUUAAUUUGCACUCGAGAAGCAUUAGGUACAAAUUUAAGAAAAAUGGCAAAAAACAUUUUUGAGAAUGAAAGUCCAGUGUUGCCAAGCAAAGGCAUCACCUAAAACUUUGUGUUUUUACAAUGUAUUAGCUUUUUUAACAAGCAAACCAACACAAAGAUCAGGAAAGAGCAAGUGUUUACUACUAAGUGAGGAUGCAUUUCAACCCAGAAAUAGUUUUUGUGUAUGUGUGACAACCAUAGACUGGAUAUACUAUGGACAACUUGGUUCCGCCUUCCGCGGGUGAGCUAUGCAAUUUUCGUACGCCCAUAGGCUGUAUCAGGUGUCAAUCAAAGAAAACAUGAACCCCCUAAAAACUUUUUAAAAAAUGGAUGUACAGAAAAAAAGAGGACUCGAGUACAAAACAGUCUUGCAGUAACUACAUGUCAACAUCGCAGGCAGGGGGGAGAAAAAAAUUAUGUUCUGUGUAAUAAAUUUCUAAAAUUUGUCCAAAGCUACACAAGGAUGGCUGGCAGAGGCGGGAUUUAUGAGUUAUUAUAUGAGCUAAUUUCAACUUUACUCUUGACAUUUCAACUUUUUGCCUGAAAUUUAUAACAAAAAGUAGUUAUUAUUCCUUAAUCUGUUGCUCUGAUGCGCUUCUGCAGAAAACAAACACUAAACAACCACAAAUCACAACUUGACAUAGGCUUUGACAGACUUAAAAAGUUACAGGGAAGAAGACCUUACAAAAAAAUGCCAAUAUAUGUUUUUAAUUCAUGUUAAUGAGAUGAAUGCUGUUGCCAUGGACAACUUGUAAGUAUAUUAAGUCAGCAAUAUACUGCAAAAUGUAUAGUUAGGUGGUGGUUAUACAAAUAACCAAUGCAAAUAAAGUCCUGAGAGAGUUGUAGAGUUGCCUCUAGUUGUAAAUUAACCCUUACUUUAGCUCAGCCAUGGUUUUAAAAUGAUCACACAAACUGACUCUGACGUAUUUCUUCAUCAUUAUUUGUAAGAAUACUUUAAACCUUCGGAAAUGAGCCGAAUUCUUUCCACCCCCCACAACAAAGCUGACCUGAUAUGUUAGCACACAUACCUUUUAACUACUUUAGCAACAAAAUUAUCCUUAAUGCACUACUCAUGUGCGGCUGAAUGGUCUUGUUUAUUGUCAGGAAUGAGUUUGCAUGGAAGUCACUUGCUCUGAGCUACACUGGUUAGAUUCCCAGCUCUAAUUAAAUCAGCACAGCUCAUUAGUGUGUUUAAAGAUUACACACUUCAUUAGCAGCUAAAAGAACAUAUUAAGGGCUUUUUAGAGCCAGUAACCGUAAUGAUACAAUUCAUAAACACAUAGAUGCCCCAGUUCUGUUUGCUUUGAUCUCCUGAGCAUUAACAUCCCGUUACGUGCGCACUGUGAGGCUGAAGAGUACAAAGGUUUCAGGCUGAGGACCUGCAGAACUGCUGAUUUCUUGCUUGGUAGUAGUUAAUUGCAUUCACCUGGUGUCCCAGGUGUAAAUCAGACACUGAUUAGAUGGUGAGAAUCAAAACCAGCUGGUCUCUGGGCCUGAGAAACAACUGAUGUAAAACACACUCACGUUGCAUAUACAGUGCAUACCAUCUGCUACACACACUAUCACAUACCUACACACUUACUUUUAUCUUUGGGCAUAAGCCGGCUGGGCAGCAUGUCUGCGUAAUGUAUGCCAGCAACAAACACACACUACACUGACACAUGCACGCAAAUAUGUGUGCUCUUAAAACGCAAACAAAAUGAUAUAUUCCAAUCAUUUUUUAUUUAUCUUUUUUUCGUGGAAAGGAAAUAUGUGGUUAACUCUCUACCUACACACAUGAAAACUCAGUGCGCUCUCUUCUUAACUGCAACUUUAUCUGAAGGGUGGAGGGGCGGAAAUGAAUCGAUGGUGCAAGAAUGAGAUGAGACAGAUAAAGGCCGCUAUGAGACAGAGCUCCAUGAGGAUGCCAAGGCCUCCUCUAUCACUUGUGUCUGUGUGUAUGUGGGUGUGUGUGUCCACAAGAAAGGAGUCUUUCUCCGCUUUAUCCCAGCAGGGAGAGAUGAUAAAGGCUGCAGCUGACAGGAACGAAAACAAACAACGAGGAUGGUUUUCAGUUCUCUCCACAGUAGGCUCAGCUCUCGUCCUCUUCUUCACCAUUUUUGUAUCUUUGUAAUUCUCCCUUUCCUCUGCGUCGUUCCCUGGGUCUGUUUGUUUUUCCCUCACCUCGCCCACUUUCUUCACUGUUUCGCUGUCCGCCAUGAGAGCUCUCCAGACUGCAGCAGUGAGCUCACACAGUCUAAAUAUUCAAACAUGGGGAAUCAUCUUAAGUCUUUCAACACUGAACCUUUGAGCUCACCCUCCAGCAUUUUUUUGGCGUGGACUUGUGUCAAGUCCGCCACAUACAGGCGUCAGCUUCUGGGUUGGAUCCCCGUUGACUCUCUUGAUCUCAAACUAGAACUUGGACAUGAGCAGUCCCAUCAACAGCUGUCAGUCAUAACACCUCUGCGCUGUGCAGGCAAACAGGAAGACAUCAUAGCACACACGCACACACACACACACACACACACACACACACACACACACACACACACACACACACACACACACACACACACACACACACACACACACACACACGCACACAGGCAGUGAAGUCAUUUCAGAGAUGAGGAAUGAGUGAAAGCUAUGGGAGUUUGAAGGAAAACACUCCAGGAUAUUCACUCUCUACAAACGCAGAGCCAUCCUGAACGUCAAAUAAAAAGCUUUCAAGGCAAAGGUUCAACUAUUUCUGAAGAGCAGUGGGCAGUUGUUGCUUCGUCUCUGCUCUGUUAAUCCAAAUGCUGCUGUGAGAUUUAUAGAGGGAUCCCAGCGCUGUAAAACUGUAAAUGGAAUUGCACAGCAUGGUGUGGGGAUGCUGGGCUUAUUAAAAUCUUUGUUGCAUUACUCACAUGUUGUUCAAGGAGAAAGCGGUGGUCGACGGGAUCUGUAGGAGAAACUCCUCGCGUACUUGAAUAAAUGUAGACAACAGAUCGUUAGCAUCGCAAUAAAUAUAUGCAGAUCAAUCAAGAAAGCUCAGAAGAGGUCACUUUGAAAAAUAUUUAAAGGGAAAUUCAGCUCAUUUAGUUUUGGAAAGUUCAUCAAGUUCAUAUUGCCUUAAGGGGUCGUAUUUGUUUAAAAAUAAAAAAAGGAGGAAAUUACCCAAAGGCCUGUUUGUGUUUGGAUGCUCAAUGAACAUAAUAGAGAACAGAGAGCAGAGGUCAUACAGGCAUCAAAACAGAAAAUAAUGAGCCUUUAAGAGACAGCAGCUAAUACAGGCAACAAGAGGAAAGGAAAAGGGACACUUAUGAAUAGAUAGGUGAUAGUGAGCCUGUCACUUUGUCCCUACAUGGUAAGUGCUUUACAGGUGUUUAAAUCAGUGUUUCACUUGCUGAGUUUUUCUAUUUUUAGCUAGCUUACUUUAAUAGUGUGGCUGCGAUUAGUUUUUUUGCCAAGGGGUUUGUGGGUUUCUUGUAUGAUACAUUUUGCCCAGUAUCUAACAUGGCUGUCAGAUUUUCAGGAAACCAACUUUGAACGAAUAUGAAAUAUGACCUGCAGGUAUUUGGAUAAAUUUGAAUUUUACAGUCUUAUCGGUGUUGGCCUUUUCAAAAGCCUCUGGCAAGGGGCCUGCCGUCCUCUGCUGGAUUAUAUGACAUGCUACUUCAGGCAGUCUGAUGUGUUGGUAAACUGUAUUAUUAUGAGUUUUAACAACUCAGUUUUGGUUAGUAUCGAUUUUGGCUGCCCACGGUGGAAAAAGAAGUCUUGGCUUUUUUGUCCUCCAAAUGCUUAUGUUUAUAUACAUGGUGAUGUUUGACAGUCAAAAUGUAUCAUUUAUUGUGAAUAUAUUAUGUGGAAAUUAUCAAUAACUGGGGUGUUUCUUCAGCUGCUUGGCUUACACUUACUCUCCGACACUGUUUUAGACAUUGAAAAUGACUGUAUAAGAACCAUCAUUCUUGUCCCUGAUGGUCUUGUUUGCUUUGGGAUAUCAUGAGAAGGCAUCAAUACGAAUUUCAGUUUCAUAAACAUUAAGAAACUCCUUAUAGAAGCUUUGGAAAUCAAGUUUUCUCAUUUUUGAGAUGCAUAUGUAUGAUAGUCAAGAUAAACUGACCAUAUUAUCCAUUAUUUUACACCUCUGCUUGUUUUUUUUUUUUAUUGGCAAGUCCAUGAAAUCAGUACCACCCACAUCUACACAUAGUAUCCUCCUUAUUUCAGUCUCAUUGUAUAUUGUUUCAGCUUGUUAAGAAUUCCAGUGCAGGCUUACAUAGAUACCGUUGUUAAGAUCAGAUAAACUCCACCAAACUGAGGUGUUCAAUAGUUUCUCCAUUAGAACCAACAGGUCGGGAGAAAUGUGUUAAUUCCUCAAGCGGAGUACAGAGACUUGUAGAAUCAUGCAUAGAGACUGUUCUGGUGGCCCAUCUUACAUGUUAGUUUUUCCUUCAAUCUUUCACCCACUUGACAUUUACACAGACAUUCACAAAUGCAUGUAGAUGAGAGGAAUUUUCUCCAUCAUCUCAGCCUGCUUAUAUACACCCUGGCACAUACUUCUAAACACUCCUAAAGAGGCACACACCCUCAUCAACUAUAAAGUGGAAGGAUUAUGAUUUUAUUUUUCCAUCUAUAUUCACUUACUUUCUUUCUUUCUCCUCGCCUUCUCGUCACUCUGUCAUCUUUUGUCACUUUUGCUCCAAUGACUGGGGAAAACAGCUUGUGUUUGUUUUGAGCACGGUGUAGCAACAGUACCCAGCAUGCAUUAUGGUCUGGUGGAGGGAGCAAGUCAGUGUAAUUAAUCUGUUAUAUCCUCCUCCUCCAUUCACAACUAGCAAUACCUCCAUCCAUCUGUCCUCUGUGUGCUCUUUCUUUUAAUUCACCACUAAAUUACCCCUUUCUAAUCUCCUUCCUCUUAUUUUCUCUUUUCAUUUCCUUACUUUUUUGUUUGUAAUUACAGUUUUUUCAUGAGGUGGUCUGCUUUUAAGCUAGUGGGAUUUCCUUCAACCACAAGUGUGCAUCAGUUGAUCCAUUGUUUACUCUUAAUAAUGUAAAACACAUUUGUUUGUGCUAAACUGAGGGAAAACACAAUUCUCUUCCUGUUUUCCUUAUUUUUCAGUCAAUCUCCUGUGCUUAAGUGGCUCACAGCUUCCACUCCCCUCCUGCACAAUGACCAGGUUUGCUCUUUGGAAGAUGUCCAGGGGGAUGUGGAAAGGGAUGGAUGAAUAGAUGAGGGAGACAUAAACAGCUGCAUGGUAAACAGAGCCUAUGAUCCAAAGAGGUAAAUGGUCCGGAGAGGUAGCAGAAGGAAAAUGCAGGCUGAAGAUAGGUGGGAGUAAAGAGGUGCUGUCAUGGCUGGAGUCAAGCCUGGGUGGCAACCGCAGAGACAUGCAGCAACUCCUUCUUUUAUAACACACACUUUGACCUUGCAUGGAGAGAGAAGACAUCGCCACGGCCAGAAAAAGCACAGGUGCUUUAAAAUGUCAUGAUUAAGUCUGGGAAAGCCAGACAGAUGAAGAGAUAGGCCUGAGACAAGAGGUGGCCAUGGUAAACACAGACAGACAGAGGGAGACAGCAGAGCACAUUAAGGUGCUACUGCAAGUGGGAAUAAGGAUUGAGAGGUUAUUAAACAGAGAAGUUACUGGGUCAUUAACUCUGCUGCCAGGGGCCAAAGGAGGGGAAACACCCUGUAAGGUAGUGUGCACACUGCAGAGAGUCAUGGUUGCUGUGUUGAAACUUCUAACUUUAAAUUAUAGUUUUUUCCUCUGAAAAUGAGUUUUAAAGCCAGAGUGAGGAUUUCUUUUACUUGUUAUGAAACAGUCUGAAACUGAUACAGCUUCACCUUUGCACUGUUUAUGUUCUAUGAAGGCAAGCAAGUAAGGUCAUCAUUUUCCUCUGGUUUUUGCUCCCAGCACAGCACUGAAACAGCCCUGCUCAGGGUCUCCAACAACUUAUUGCUUGCAGCUGAUUCUGGCUUGGACUCUUUACUAAUUCUUUUUUUGCAGAGAAAACUAAAGCAUUUGUUCAGCCUUUGAUCCAGUUGACCCCUAAGUCUUAAUCACCUGUCUGAAAUGCUGGGUUGGAUCAUUUUCCUAUUCCUCAAACAUGUCUUUUUCUGUAGUGCUUGGAAAUGCCUUCCCCCUCUCCUGCUCCUCUUUCAACUGGGAUCCCUCAGGGGUCUAUCUUGAGUCCUCUUUUGUUCACUGUACAAAUGCUUCCCCUCUGGGCAAAUCCUACAUAGGCAUGGUAUAGACUUGCCUGCUAUACAGGCGACCAAUGUCUCUCACAUUAUGUAUCCUCUUUACAAUCUCUUCUUAAAACUCAUUUCUAUUGUUUCACUUUCUCUUAUUUAGAGGCUUUAUUUAGAGGGAUCUCAAUUAUUAAUGAUAUUUUGUGAAUAUAUAUUUGCUUGAAUGUUUAUUUACCUUAUUCUUUGGUAUAUUAGAUUUGUUAGGGAUAAGUAUUUCUAGUAAUUCCCAUGUUCGGGUAAUCAAAUUACUUUAUGAGUGAUUAAUGGAGCCACUUUUUCUACACUGGAAAACAGCCCUUAAUUCUGCUGCGCUUUCCUCAUACAUAUUCCACUCUCAUAGUCGUUGUCUGCCGUCAUGGUGGCUUGUACUCCAGCCUAACAGACACCAUCAGCUCACAGAAGCUUUUCCCCUCCACAAAACUUAAUGGGAGGAUGUCUCCCAGUCACCAUUUUCAUUAUUAGCAGGCUAAUCUCCUCUGCUCUGGUAUCAUCACAUCACAUUGUCUACUUGUGAUGCCAGACUUCCUAUCAUUUUUUCUGCUGUCUUUGCCCAGUAAUUUGAGUGCAUGUGGUAAAGUACUAUCAAACUAGUAUUUCUAUGACAUAAAAGUCAUAGAAAUUAUGUUAUUUAAUGUAAAUAUUAAUAAGGUUGUUGUUGUUGUUAUCAGCAACAAAAUGGAUUGUUUCUCUGCAGAUAUUUGAUAUUUGGUUACUGCCACCAGGGGGUAGAUGUCAGAGGAAGUGUGCUUCACAAGCACAGGGUAAAAUCAGCAAAAUAGAUACAGGCACCUUUUGUCCACAGGGGGCACCAAAAUUGACACAGAUUCUAAUCCCUCACUGGGGUUUUAAAGAAUAUCCUCUUUUUUGGGUGUUGACAGCCAAGUGGUAAGAGGCUGGAAGAUUGGACGAGAUGUGAAUGUGGUUGUUAAGUAGUUUAAACCACAAUACCGCAGGUCAUGUUGCUGCUUUUUUAGCCCCGGCCACAGAUCUCUUUGCAGAUUAAUCACGGUGAUGUAAGCGAUGGAACAUAGACAGAAGAUUCUUUGUAAAACAAUGGUGCAAAGUAAUCACAGACAUGCUUUGAGCAUAUGAGUCCCUGUUGGAUAAAACUGAAGCAAAAUUUCCAAAAACUGAGUCUCCAAGAAAUCACUUUUACUUUAGUACUAUCUAUGUUAAGGAAAAUGCAACUACCUGUAACUUUAAGGAAAGAAUGAUGAUGUAAAGAGGUUGUUUAGGGUGAAUGCCGGGAAAAUGUAGAGCAGCACAGCAUAUGGUUGGGUUUAGGCAAUAAACUUUCUUUGAUUAGAGGAAGAUUGUGGUUUCAAUUAAGAGCGAGUAAGUAAAUAAACACACCCGGUAUCACGCUUCAGAUCACUUUGGACUUGUUUAAUACUUAACCAGGACCUCAUUCUUUGCCCAACAUGAGCUAAGUACAAUGAGUCCAAGCCUGAACAUUGCCAUAAAAACAUUAAUUAUAGGAAAAGAGGAGCUACUCACAGCUGCAGAAGAUCAAAUCAAUGUGUGAAUGGUGAAUUAAAUCUUUGGAAUAAUAUUUUUCUCUGUCAUUGUUAACUUUAAUUGACUGUAGCCUUCUGAAGUUGCAGGAUUUAUUUACUAUGAGUCUGUUUUUAGAUGAAACAGAAAAUUACAGCUUGUAGUACAAGUUUUUAUCAUCUGAUAAAGGAAUUUUGAACUUUACACUUGUGCUUGUAAUAACUUUAGAGAGGUGUGUUUGUUGAUAAAACAUCAGCACGCAGCGGCAGCAUGGUUUGUUGUGUACAACCAGUGCAGUCAGCCUACGAGUAGGGAUGCACCGAUCCGAUAUUUGUAUCAGAUAUUGGCUCCAAUAUUGACAAAUUAACUGGAUCAGAUAGCUGAUGAAUGACGCCAAUCCAGCGUUCCAAUCUACUUUAAUUAAUUUUUCUUUUAAUACAUGGCAGUCUUACUUCUUCUUGCUGUGUGCUAAUGUGCUAUUUGGUGUUUGUUAAUAAAUAAUUCAUAUCUGUGUUAAUUUGUUACCUUUUUUAAACAAGGCUAAUAUCAAGCCUGAUGUCUUCACUCACAGGGCAAGGUAUACAGAACAUUAAUUCAACAGUAGUAUUGGAUUGGUAUUGGAUAUCGGCCGAUACGUUAAGCCCAGGUAUGGGUAUCGAAGUGGAUCUGAAAAAAAAGCGGAUCGGUGCAUCUCUACCUACAAGUGAAACAAUCAGCAGAGGACAGAUUACAAGUCAACCGAUCCCUCAUUAAGUCAUGUCUAAUUGAGCCUUUUGUUAAGGAUGCCACAUUGAUUCCUGUCCAGAUAGUCAAAACACUAACAAACCCAGCCUACCACACACAUGCAGACACACACACCAACACAACCAGCUGUAUGGGAAGGAGAUUAUCCUUUCCCCUAGCCACUUACCAGCUCAGAAACAUGCCAUAUCAAAAUCACACAAAUGUGGUCAACACAUAAGGUUGUCAGAUGAGAAGAUCUGAGAAACUGUUUUUGUUUGUUUGACACAUUAUGCAAACUCACAGGGAACUGUGACACCCCUCGAUUUAAGGUUCAAUCAUGGAGGUUACCAAAACUUGAGAUAUUGUGGUCUUGACUCUAAGAUGGACACUUUGUUUGUGUAUGUUUGAGGGAGCACAUGUGUUUACAUGUAUUUGUAGCUUUUUGCCGUUUAUCCAUGUCCUCUUUUAGCACCACAUGAGUGUUUGCAUUGUGGGCUUGUCUGUUUGUGUAAACAGUAGGUUGUUUAAGAAGUGGGUGCAUGUUUACAGCAUCCUGCAAACAAAAAAAUGGGUAUACUGACAGGAAAAACUCAGCAGAUUGAUUGUUUACAGGAUGUCAGAUUUAUAGCAGGUGUGUCCAACAUGUGUUUGUCUGCUGGUUGUAAAGCGAAACUACUAUUUCACGGUUCAAACCCACACGCAUAUGCACUCUGCUCUGUGUGUGUUAGGCAUGACAGCAUUGGAGAGGAAAUCAAGUCAGCACAUUAAGCAGUCAGCUUGACCCCACACCCUGCAGAGCACACUGGAGGUGUUCUUCUCUGCUCACCGCCUGCAGAAAUUAAUGAAAUAGUUGCUUGACACAGAUAUGAGGGUAGUUAAAUCUGUCAGCGUUCAGUCACUGAAGGAGCUGACUUUGGCCUCAUGUUUUGUGAGGAGAAAAAAAUGAAAUAGAAAAAAUGCUGGGUGAGAAUUUAUUCUCAGUAGCUCAGUAGGUACUUGUUCAGUUGGACUCUUGCGACUGAGUAAAUCUGAGGAGACUGUAGACUGUAGCUUAGACAUGCCUGGAUGCCUUUGGAGUGGUGGGUUUAGACCACUCCUACAUGACAUAGAGAUGUUACUUUAGUGUGGCACGGAAGCAUUAACGUAGAUGAGAUUGUUAAUUAUUUCAAAGAGACAUCUCCUUAUAUCAAAAGAAGCCACUUCAGGUGGGCAUCUGAUCUGAAGGCAUUCUUCUGGUUAGGGGACACAGAAGUUGCAGGAUAUCCAAAGGAUCUCGUCCAGUCUGGGACCUCCAUGAUGGUGGUGCAAAAUGUUGAACUUCUAAAGCCUCCUACAAGAUGCAACUCAAACAGUGCUGGACCAUACUGUUCCCAUCACUACAUUGUUAGACUCACACACUGCACCCUGAAACACCAUAACAUUGAUGCCCAAGUGUGUUGUAGAAGUGCAAGAAGCAUGGCAUGAAAACACCCACAUACAGUUCCACAUACAGUAAUACACAUCACCCCCGUCUUUCUCCCAUUAUGCCUCUGUUACUACCUCUGAGUGAGCAUCAGAUGCUUUGCUUUACUGUAACACAUAGCUGAUGAAACAUAACAGGGGCAUAAAAAAUCCGCCUUGAAAUGGCAGUAGGUAAGAGCCGAUUGUGAAGAUAUGUAACUGCAGCGUAGCGAAACAAGAACACACACCCUCCUUCACACGGACAAAAACUCACACCCUCCCCUCUGUGUAAUCCCAUCUGAUCUUGCCCGACAACACUUUGUUGUUAGAAGCCUCUUUUCACUCUGCAGCCUAUCCCAGCGCUGCCUUUGAACUCUGCUGCCAAGAAAGUGUAGAACCGCGUGCCUCUUUCUUUGACUUUCAGGAAUGAUCAGGAACAUUAUGAUGAUAAAAAAUGGCAGGGGGUGAGAAGCUGAGUGGGUGCAGAGGGCCCUGACAUAAAGCUAGCAAGAGUGAAUAUUGUCAGUGUGUUGUUAAUAAUCUUCAGAAAAAGAGGUGAGGAGUGUGAGUUUGUGAAUUCCAGCAUGUGUGCAAACGUUUUCAUGAGUAGGUCCGAAAAAUGUGCUCUUCAGUCAAGAUUUGUGUCUGCGUGUGUAGCAAGGGUGAUGUCAGGCUACAUUACAACUUAUUGCCGGGUUGACUGACGUGCAGGAUUAUCGGCUGAUGAGAGAAAUCAAGAAAAGCUUUUAUCAGCGUGGGGUUGGGGCCCCCACAUGUUUGAUGUUAGUCUAAAGAAUCAUACACAUGGCAGAGUUGUAGAGGGGUGGAGUGAGGGCACAAGGUUGAGUGCUGGCAAUAUGGAGUUAUUACAGAGCAUCAAGGGGGUCCGGCAGAUAAAGAGCCAACAUGUUUUUGAACAACUUCUGUAAUCUCACAGACCCUCACAAUCCUUUUUUUAAACUUCUGUGUACAGCAGGACUUCAAUCCUACAAUGUAUUGUGAUCCCUACACAUUUGAUUUCUGGCAUAUCCAGUGUUGCUCUUGGAAUCUGAGCUGACUGCACAAGGAUUAUACUAACAGAAAGGUCAAUAUGUUAAGCCACAAGUAAUUACAAUUCAUCUUGUGGGGAAUUAAUGGCAAGUCCUUUCAACAAACAAAAGUGAACCAACUGGAGUAUCCCAGGGCUCUGUUCACGGUCCCCACCUUUUCCGUUAAACAUAAGAUUGUGGGUGGCUUGUUCACAUCCCUGAGUGAGUAGCUACUUAAAAUUCUAUUUCGAGGAAACUGGCACUGGAAAAGGAAUUUCUACACUACCACUGUGAACUCAUUUGCAACAAACCUGGGGCUGACCGUGGAUAAACUGCUGUUCUUGACAGUAAACAUGGCUGCAACAACCUGCACCCUUCAGUUCUUUCUCUAGCAUCAUAGGAUAGAACUGUUCUGCACACAGACAGCAGGGACCGGUUCCCAUUCAGGCUCUUGUUGUCUUUUUCCUAGACGAAUGGAACACUCUCCCAACACGUGUGUCUCCUUUAUAGAUUCCUAGAUUUUAGGCAGGUAGAUUUACUGGGCUUCAACUCUCCCAAGCUUCACCACUUCACAGCCCAGGCCCAUCCUACAUUAUACAAGUUCUUACACACUAGCCAUGGACAUAAAAGACAGAUUAAGAAUUUGUGUGACUUAUCCAAAAGUUGUUGGUAUAUUGUUGUCUUUCUUCUAGUUUAAAGCGUGUCUUAACUCUGGUGUGUUUCUGCUGUUAGGUCACUUCCUUGGGAACCACAGUGUGCUGGACAUCCUGAGGCAGGAGGGCUAUGAGAUCAUCCACAUGUCUCCUGAUUACCAGGAGCCAGUCCCAGAGUGAGUAUGCAGCAAAGACAGCUGAUGACAGUGCAUUUAAGAGAUGGAUUUGGGUGCAAAUCAUAUGGUAAACUCCUCUAAUAAGUCUAGACUUCGUUUAGCAUCCCAAGUUCUAAAAAGGUUGCGAAUGGCAAUAGAUGGUAUGUUAUAUUUUACCUCGACAGUUAAUGUGACUACUUUUUCUCAACAGGAGUUAUUAGUGGAGAGUUAAGCCAGAAAUCUUAAGAUCCUAUUAACCUGACAGGAUGAGAAAAGGAGGAAUGAGGUGGCUGUGACUUUUAUCAAAAGAUACAUGAUCAUUAAGAACUUAAGCUUUUGGAAUCGAGUUUUUGCGCAAUAUGAGAUCUUGCUUGUAAACAUUUAUCACCAAAGACUACAGGAGAAAGGAGGAAUGAAACAACCCUGCCAGUUAACAUUCAUCUAAUUCUCUCUGGAGUCGAGUGAAACUCCUCAAAAUUUAUUGAAAAGAAAUGGAAAUACAGUCCAAAUUGCGCCCUGCAACAAAUAAAGCUCAGCAAUGCAGGAAUUUUUUGAUACCUCAUCAACUCCCUCACCUUCCUCCCUUUCCUCUCUCUCUCCCUCUCCCUCUCUUCUGUAUGCCAAAGGCGUUUUGCCAGUAGUGGUUCUGCCUGUUCUCAGUCGCCACUUGGUACCAUGGUCAAGAUAAAAAGACAUGAGUAUGCAGGGUUAGUUGAGUGAUUCAUAGAGCAGGGAGAGGGUUUGUGCACACACAAGCUCACACAGAAGCUUGGCAUUCUGCUGUAUUUCCUCUAAAAUCUUUAUGAUAUGUGUCUAAAUAUCUCAGUGUAUGCACUCCCACAUCCCUUGGCAAAGAGUAGCUCCUCUCUCACCUCAGGGGUUGAUCUAUGGGUCUCUACAGCAGCAAGAAAAGCCAUUUGAAUCAGGGUAAAAAUGGAAAAUACAAGGCAAAACAGUGCAACAUCUCCAUCCAUCAAUUCAGUGGAGGGAUUUACAAACUUCUCACUGAAUGUAAGCAGUAAACACAGCGACCUCAUCUCCCUACGCCCUGUUUGCACAGCUCGGGGCUUCAGCCAAUGGUUCUGGUUUAAAAGCUGACAAGUGGACUGACUGACUGUGGUCACAAAACACUUGCUUAUGCUGCACCCACACACAACCACAUGACCACACAAUAAUAUGUGUACACGCACGCAGACACUUUCAGCUCACUGGCACAAGGUGAAGUGAAAGAAGAGGGAAAACACCACAAGAUAGCUGAGCCUGAGAGGUGUUUAUGAAAGCUGUUAGCCUCAGACCAGCACUGAUUGCUAAAAGGUCUUUAUGACUGAGUAUAUGACGGACCGACCGGAGGAGAGUUUGGCUCCACAGUAGCCAGACCACAGGCCCCACAGCUAUCAGCACCAUGACCAGGAUGGUUUUCAGGGCUGUAAAGUAGAAGUGCAGACUAUCAAAUUUAUGAUGACCAAGGCAAAAAAAAAAAGUGUAAGCAGUGGAAAAAGUUAAGAUCUACCUUACCUUUGAUCACACCAUGUGUGGGGAAAGUGAUGCCAAACUUUAGCAUGCACAUAGAACAUCCUGUUUUAUUAUUUUCCUCUGCUGCUUUUUUUUUUUUUUUCAUUGAACGGAGCUCACAGUAGGUUGUUUGGAUGUUCCUGUAACAUGAAGUCACACGCAAGCCAUAUUGACAGGAAAAGAACAAGAGGGAAGAAAGUAUGAGUAAUCGGUGGAAGAAAAAGGAGCACGGCAAAUGUUUUCAAAGGAGAGGCCAGUGAUUCUGGGUGGUCUGCUUUGGGCAGAUGUUAGUUUAGAUGAAAAAGUAAGGCCAUAAGAGUUACUGCUUCCUCUGAUGUUGCCUGCUGGGUAUUUCUGCCACUCAUAUAGCAUUUACAGGGCAAGGCGUCCUAAUGUGGGGCUUAUGUCCUUGAUUGAAAUUGAGAGUUGGAAAUGGAAAGCGGUGGAGUGGUCGAAAACCACAAACAAUAACAUUCACUGGCAGCCACUUUGAAAUUUCAGUCUCAUGGUUUCACAGUUUUCACUCAGUGGCACAAGAAAUGCUCCUUUUUCAUCCAUAAUUGAAAAGUUUAAGUGGAUACAUUCGACUUCACACAGGACUGAUCGGGUUAAAAACAAUAUUGGGGCUUUGAAAUUGAGCAGACUAUAAACUGACUCAUUUCCUCUCUAUCUGUCUUCCUGUUUCAGGUCUAAACCAGCUGUAGAACCUGCAGCAGGGUCCAGUGAGGAAAGCACAACUGCAACGUCUCCCACCAGCUGGCUGACCAGUCCACCAGAGACAGAGAUUGAACUGGAGGAACCGGAGGACAUGCCUGGCCUUGGAGACGAGGAACUGCCUCACAUGUUGCUCCCUGACAGCCUCAGCCAGCUGGAGGAAUUCGGCCGACACAAACGCCCUCGCAAAGCUCACCGAAGCAACCACGGGAGACCCCGCCUCUUCAGCGACCUGUGGGUUCGCAUCGGGGACAGGUGAGAAAUCCAAAAUCAGCUCACUUCAGCGCUUUAAUUUAACGUAGGCUAGAGUCAAACUGAAAAAGUUUGCAACUGAGUCGUACUUUAUACUCCCUAUCAGAGGAAUCCAGUUUGGAGCAGUGGUCAGUAUUGAUGUUGGCCCAGAUAACCUGGUUAAAUGAAGGAUUUACAGAUCUGGUCCUGAGCUUCUCUCACAGAUGCAGCCUCAUUUGGGACAUCCAGACAGUAUUAGUCAUGUUUGAUUAAAAUCUGUGUGACAAUGCCAAAUAUGCUCUCUCCAGAAACGCCUGUAAAUCAGUGCUACGUGGGGAGACGCGUUACGAGCAGGAAGAGGAAAAAGCUUCAUUACACGCAAAGAGAUCUCACUGGUCACACAGCAGUUGUAAGGAUUCAUUAUCGCCCUCGCCCACUUGUCCUAGUUGGUUUUCCAGACGUUUGGAAAACCUCCAGCAUUUGGUUCUCAUUGAACAAAAGCACAAGUGUCGAGAACUUUUAUUUUUUUACCAAUAUAGAGCUUAACUUCAGUCGCACUCAACCUCUGUCGUAUACAUCUUCUCUUUUAUGACACAAUGUGAGAUUAUAAAGGAUGAUACUUGGAAGAUUGUUGUGAUAAUAUCCCACAGUGAGAGAAGCAUCAUUGUUUCAGCACUUCUCUUAUUAGAGUUGCUGUUUUAUUACUGAUCAGUACUGGCUUUUAUUUAAAGUUAGAUUUGUUUUUUUGGCUUCUGUGGCACUUGUGCGAGAAAGGACCAAAACAUGUCUAGGCACUCUUUUGGGUGUAGGAUUCAAACCACCAGGUUAUGAUGGGUAAUUAUGUGUCAUUACAAACAGCCAUAGAAGCCUAAUUUAGAUGCUGUAAUGUAAUUUUCUUGAAAAUAAUGAUAUUCUUAGAUCCUCUGCCUUGUCUAAUUAACAGAGUAAAUCAAACAUAUUAAGUUGCAAGAGGAAAUACACACAUUUGACAAGAUGUUGCUUGUUAAAUUCUGAUUUCUGGUGUUGUCUCUGUCUACUCUAGCACCACUCCACCACCUAAUGUGAGGAUAAUCAAUGGUUAUGUGACGGUGGAGACCCCGCUGACCCAUCAAGAGCAGCGCAGACAUAUGGAGACCUUCGCCAUGGAGCAUCACCCCAAUCAAGCAUCCUUCACUCCACCUAAACCCAGCUCAGCUCAGCCCUCCUCAGCCCACAGCUCACUCUCAAUAUCAUGUAUUUUAGCCUGGCUGCUUUCACACAUGCUGUUUACCUCCUGA